AUGGAAGGCGAGGAAACUCCUCCUGCUCCACCAGCCCCCGCUGCUCCGCCUGCUCCUGUCGCUCCAUCAGUUCCAGCUACUCCACCACCCCCUCCGUCAACUCCGCCUCCUGCCGAAGAACUCACCCCCGCGCCAGUUGAAAGAACAGUAACUCCAGAACCUCCAGCACCCAAACCAGAACCUACAAAAGCAGCCCCGGCAGAUGAAAAAGAAGAGACAGCUGGGGAAAUUCCGGAAAAGUAAGUAAAUUCGAUUAAGUGAAUGAAACUGAAAGUUAGACCGAAAAUUCAACUUCAACUUAAACAGAUAAAGAAAUAAGCCAAACAAACGAAAAACAAAACAAAAUAAACAAACACACAAAUACAAGACAACGAGGCUGAUAUAGCAACAGAACGAGAACAUCAGUUGACGACGAAGACUUUCUUAAAGUCCUCCGCAUCUCAUUUCCGGUUGCGGUAGUUAGCCCCAACGAGAAGGACUUUUAUCCCCGGCAGUGCGCCAAAUUUACAGGAGGACUUUUCUUCCUGUGAGUUUUAUCCAAUCACGAACGGUUUUAUUGAUGCGCCGGCAAUCAAACCCGAUCACUUCACAUGAAACGUGACUAGAGCUGUUUGGAUCAAAAUUCAAUCGAGUUGUGUAUUUUUUCGGCAAACAUUAUCGAUAACUGAAACGCGCACAAAAGUUUCAGUGGGCGUUUUUUUCCCCUCCAUUUGAGUACUUUACCAAGGCCGGAUUUUCCUGGCAGCCAUGGCUUGGAAAAACAUUAUCGACUUGUUUUGACACAGCUCGCGACGACACACGCGACAGGGACGCAAAUAGUUCGCGCCAAAAUGACGUCGCUUGAUGCGUUUUUUGCAGGGGAAACAAGUCGAGCAGAGUCCCGCUCUCCCGCUCGCUUUUGCCGCAGCAAAGAUAAAAAAUAUACCGCUCGCGCUCGAGAAAAAAAGCGUUAAGCGUUAAUGUUGACUUAGGGGAGGGGUAAGUGAGUAGUUUCCCAGAAACCUUAAUUGAUCCGAUGAUUCUAUUCUUUAAAAUUAUUGCUCUCGUUCCAGACCUGAGAAAAAAUCUGGCGCUGAAGAUUUUAUUGCAAAGAGUGAAGCGAGGAAAAAACUGCCUGAUAAAAAUCUUGACUUCCAGGUUUGAUAUUAUAGUGUUCCUUUAUUAAAUGAUCAUUUAUUGUCUAGAGAAAUUCAAACGAAAAUAGUAAUAAUGAUAAUAAUAAUGAUGAUAAUAAUAAUAAUAAUAAUAAUAAUAAUAAUAAUAAUGAUACGAGGAGAUAUAUGAUGAGCUCUUUAUCGAAAGCAAUGAUCUAGUAUUAAUCUAAGAUCUAAUAGAAAGUAGUAGAAUGUAAACCACUGUUAUGGUUAUUUAAGUUAAUAGUGACAGUCAAUAGACGUGUCUAGUGUUCACAAUGGGCUGAAGUCAUUAGAGAUGUCGUGCUGACAUCAGCUUGGGACUAAACCCUGGACCGUCGGAAAACAAGGGCCGCCCUUAUAACUUCUUUAGGAAUUACUUCAAACAAACCUGGAGCCUUAGAUUUAACCGACUCUAAUAUUUGACCUUAAUUUGUUACUUCAGCAAUAGCGAAUUAUUUCGUUUCAUGAUUCAGCGUGUUCUGUUCUGUUUUAGGAAUUUGAAAUCAAGUACUCGACAUUUAUUUAUGUUUCAGGUCAGAGUAAGAGUUAUCGAGGGCCGUCAGUUAGCAGGUGCCAAUAUCAGUCCAGUAGUACGUGUCACUAUUGGCAAUCAGACUAGACAAACGAAGGUCGUCAAGUCAACAAAUAAACCAUUUUAUGAUGAGGUAUUUGAUACAUGUUUAAGUACAACAUUUAGGUAGGUUGUUUAAACGGAGUUUAGCAAGUGUUUACUGCGCGGACACUCAAACCGGGGCUCUCGGAAGAAGAUUGUCCAAUCACAACGUUGUAUGAAAACAAAAGAUUACCAAUUUUUUUUUGCAUACCGACCAAUAACAUUCAUAAAUAUGAGGGCUGUUUCCUGGGAGGUCAGGUAAGUUCAAAUGGGCUUAAAGUUUUCAACGGUUUUAUAGUUGAUAUUUGAAUGUUAUUGGUCUGUUUGCAAAAAAACUUGAUAAUCUUUUGUUUUUAGAAAACGUUGUGAUUGGGCAAUCUUCUUCCAAGUAACUUGGUUUGAGUCUUCGCACUGUGUAACAAAACUGUGCUCCGAGCAAUUUUCAUUUCAGUUUUUCACCGUUUAUCGUAACCAGCUUCAUGAAGGCACAUAGCGUAGACUAGAAUGGCAUUUAUCUCUCUUGAAAAUAAUCCACUAAGCAGGAUAUCUGGAGGUAACUGAGGCCCUAAUUAGACGUCCUUUAAAUAACUGACCCAGAGGGUUUUUAAUACUUUAAAGAAAUAGCUGUUAUGUUGCAAGCGCAGAUUGAUAAAGCCCAACAUUAAGUUUCCACAACAUAUUUUGCAGGUGUUUUUCUUCAAUUUUAAUGAAACUCCAACGAAAUUAUUUGAUUCCCUUACCUUAUUUGAGGUAUGUUGCGUAUAGAUUGCAAAAUUUAUUCAUUGUUCAUCAAAGUUAUGGCCAAUCAAUAGGUAUUAUUUGAUCGAUAGUUGAGUAACACGUAGGCUCGAUUUUUGCUGCUCUCUCGGGUCCGAUCGUGUUUCUCCUGAAGACGGGAAAGGGCGAAGAGCGCGGGCUCAUUUUCCGAAAAGCGGCUGGUAAUUGAGCCUACGUCGUUUGUACACCGCGGUAUCAGCCACUUGAUGAAUUAUUAAACAGUAGAAUUUUAGAACUUUUAAUGCAAACUCCUGCUUAGUUCAUCAGUAUUCAUUACUUGAACGUUUGGUAAAGUUCUCCACCUCACGAAGAGUACAAUAUAACGUGUGUGUCUUGUUCUAUAUGGAUUACGGUUGCUGGCCCUCUGUUCGCCAUUGUAAACUCCUGUCCCAUACAGAUUUCAGUCCCUCUCGUAUUUCGUAUUCCAUCUAAUACCUUAAGAAUGUUUUACAACACAGGGUUUAUUUCACGACCCUCGGUUUCUCGAAAGUUGGGAUCGCGAAAAUUACAUGUUUGCCCAAAAGUGACUAACAUGGGGUUUAUAAUUGGCCACAGAUAAGACUAUAAUGGGGUUACGGCUCUGAGAGCCCAGCGGCGCAUACCCAGCAAAAAUUAACCCAAGUAACCCUCUUUUCCAUUGUUAGACACCGUAAUUUUGCCGGGAUCUCUCUAGCCUCCUACACGGUAGAUGUUGUUGGGGCUUCGUAAAGUACUCCUGCGUCGAAGGCUAGCCUGAUCUCUCCAACUCUGAUCCCGACAAUGUAACUUAAUUUUUCUUUUCUCGAGAGGUUCUAGAAAUUGGGAUUCAACAGCGGGAGGAGGUUGAAUUGCAAAGUGUUUCUCACUAUGAUCUACUAAAUUUUUCAGGUAUUCAAUUCCAAGAAGUUAAGGUCCAAUGCUAUGGUCGGAAGCUUUCAGGUGAGAUUGAAAUCCAAACUGCUUUGAUAACGUGCUCACAUUCGAGACAUUAAAACUCAUUUUGAUACAUUUGGUUUGGUGUUCUUUGAGCUCAAGUCUCUUUCGGGAAUUGCCAGGCAAUGGAGUCUUCAACAAUUUACCAUUUUGACCCUAAGGCCUCCGAAUCAUGUUAGAAUUUUGAUAUAUCGAACUAUCAUACCUUCUAGAUCUUUUAAUGUCUUGAGCAGUUAUCUUAAUUUGUUUCACUUAAUUUGGGGGCAGCUCCUACUAACUGGAGUUUGAUGGAUUUCCUGAGACAGCUCUUUUAAGGGGAUGUUCAAAUGUAUUUUGGCUUGUAAGUUACCUUUAUACACCUGAGGUUUCAUUAUUAAAACAUAUUUUACUGUGCUCAACUUGCAGUGCGAUGUUGGAUUUUUCUAUGAUGCGCCUUGUAAGUCCGCAUUUUUAAUGUUUUUUUGUUAUACUGACACACGUUUUUAGCACCUGCGUAAAAAAGAAUUAGUUAAUCCUUUAAUAAGCCCUAAGGGUGACGAACAACAAUUUUAACCCAACAAUAUAGUAAACACUCUCAUUCUUCGGCCAGUUCAACUUCAGUAAAAAUAAAACACAAACUGCGGUAACAAACAUGAUGAAACAACGCACGUUGCAAAAAACUAACUUAUAAGAUUUUAGAAGACUUGACGUUUCAAUAAUAUCAAUACACAAUCCAGACAAAAGGUUGUAAGAAUUAAUGAAAUGAUCAAAAAAGGGAAAAUGCGUUGAUAUUUAAUCAGAGUCUCUUCACUAAUUCUUUAAACAAAUGGGGGGACCUCCGUCUGUGGAAUUAGUGUGUGGAUAUUGAGGCUUAAAGAGUUAAAGGUAAAUUGGCUAUUGAUGUUCUCACAACAUCAUGACGUCUUCUCGAUGGCUCAUAACUGAACAGGCAUAAGGCAAAGUUAGAGAGUAUAAUGAUUUGGAAGUAGCACAUCCACAAAGUGGUUCUUCGUCUACCUGAUUGGAAUUUGGAAAAGUGGAAAAGAGAUGGAAACGGCUUGUUUAGCCUUUGGGAUAUGUGAAUUUCAGUAAAAUUACUUUUAGGGACGGUACGUGUGUUUCCCGAGAAGUCCGCAUACUUUUCCUCUCAUGGCAAAAUGGUAUCUGUUUGUUUUUCAAUUCUUAAACUCCUUUUCAACAGUCCAGAGACUUGAACUAUUUUUUUUGGCGCAUUGUUUUGAUGUGCGACAAAUCAAGCCCAUUCUAACAAGGACGGAUUGCUUUUUUCAGCCCAUGCUAUUAUAAGAAAAUGGAUUUUGUUAUCUGAUCCCGAGGACAAAAUGGCAGGAGCAAAGGUAGCUUCUGAUAACUUUUUUUUAUUAAAUUUAUUCUGCUAAAUAUCAUCUAACAAUAGUGGAAACCAAGGUAACAUUUUUUUGUUCCCAAAGUACAUGUAGGAAUGUGUAAAAUAAUUUUCUUUAAAACUGACUUUUCACCCCUUAGUUAAGGCCCCCAUCUUUCUAAAAAACCAUACCUGAAUAGUCGCGGACAAUAUUGCACGAGUCAAGUUUUUCGCCUGAGUUACAGCGUCAUUUUACUCGUUCUGGAAGAGACACAUGCAAUACCAUGGACCUAUCACGCGACUCUCAUUGUUCGAGUACACUCUCUACUAGUGUUAGACUUGGCAAUUAGGUGUUUAUUUUUUUGUUUUUUGGUUAAUUUACUGUAACGAAACCUUUUAUAGCAGUCCCUCAAAAAUAAUGGUAGUCCUGUGGUUUGUUUCACAGGGAUACUUAAAAGUGACCGUCAUGGUUCUUGGACCUGGUGAUGAAGCUCCGGUAAGUAAAAUUCUCAGUUCCCAGGGGAUAUUUGCAGGUAUUUGACAAUUUCCUUAAGUUUUCUAGUUUUUUUUCCGUGGGCUUUGAUUUGAGGGGAUGCAAUUUUUCUACACUUUUUGUCUGUUCAGCUGAUUUUGUUUGUAGCGGAUCGUUCUCUCUUCACGUCAAAUUUGAUCGUUUGAUGUUUAUGCACCAGAUUUCCACCGGGAUGGUUGGUGUAAAUGGUAAGCACCCAUGGUAUUCUCUCGCUAAAAGUCUAAUCUUUGGCAUUUGGUUUUUAGACAGUAACUGUGAGCGCAGAUCAAGAUGAUCUUGACGACAUAGAAGAGUAAGUCAAUACCAAUGAUGGAUGUUUGUUUAAUUAGUUCAAAAAUAACUAAACUUUUUGUCAUAUUUUUUUUGUAGCAACUUAAUUCAACCUCCAGGACUGAUGCUCAGACCAGCAUUUUUCUCACUAAAAGUAUUUAUAGCUGAAGAUAUUCCCCAAAGUAAGUCUUUCAGUUACUUUUUUUUUUAGAAAAAAACCUUUUAACCAAAGCUGAUGAUGAAGUUUUUCCCGUUUUUUUUUGGGUGGCAAAUGGGCCCUGUUUACAUGUAAUAAAUUUAAACUCGAGGUCAGAGCCUGGAGUUGUUGAGGCCUCAAAUGUAAUAAAUGACCCUAAAUGUAAUAAAGGUCCUAAGUGUAAUAACUUUUGGCCCUAAAUGUAAUAAAGGUCCUAAAUGUAAUAACUUUUGGCCCUAAAUGUAAUAAAGGGUCUAAUAAUAUUAUACGUUUAAUAGGUUUUAGCCCUAAAUGUAAUGGAAGUCUUAACAGUAUACCGCAUGUAUGUAGUAUAACAGCUCCAAACUUGAUAAAGUCGCUGACUGAAACAUGCGACGGUCUGAUGCGAUAUUAAUUUUAUAGCCAGCUGGCGAUUCACUUUCUUCGCCCUGUUGUAGUCUUCAUAGAUAUUCAUAAAAUUAGAAAGCGGCUAGAGCGCUCAAGAAGUAGGAAAAACAUUUAUAAAUUAACUACGUCUAGAUCGUGUUUCCUAGUACAUCCCUACAUCGUAAAACGCGAGUUCACAAAAGUUUUCAAAAUACAGUAGUAAUUUAGCAAUUGAAGAAAGUAUUAAUGUUCAUUAGAAACAAUCGUCGUAAAUUAACUACUUUUGCCUAUAGGGGUUUUUAAUGUUGGGCCAAAAAAAGAAAUGGUUUAUUUAUUUAUUUAUUUUUUUUAUCAUUUUCCAAAAGAGUAUGUCGGUCGGUCCAUACAGAAUGCUGUGAACACAAAGUUAUAUAUAGACAGCAAGAUAUUAAGGGCAGUGUAUCUUGAUAGUUUUUCUGACUUCCUGACUUUGAUUUUAAUUUCUACCAGGAGUACUUCUUGAAGUGAAUUUUAUGCGAACUAUUUUUUCCAGGAUUUCACCACAUGAAUAAUAAUAAGUUGUCACUCAAAUGGCUAUAUAGGGGAUCUGCCUGGGGUAUUUAGUGUUUGAUUCUUCCCUAGACACAUUCUUGCGCUCAGUUAACCUGUAGUAAGGCUGAAAACAAACACUAUGAAAUCUUCUUAUGACCCUAAGCAUAAUAAGAGCUGAAAGAAUUACACUUAUGACCUUUAUUACAUUUAGGGCCAAAAGUUAUUACAUUUAGGACCUUUGUUACAUUUAGGGCCAAACGUUAUUACAAUUAGGACCUUUAUUACAUUUAGGGUCAUUUAUUACAUUUGAGGCCUCAACACAGUUCGUUUGGUCAGUACCAAGGAGGCGACUUGAUGCCAAUUAAGUCACUGAUCUAUUCUCUUAAAAAUGUCACUUAACUCCAACUUCGUUCCCAGGGCUUUUCUCCAAUUUCUGAGGAAAAAGCGCUGGGAACGACGUUGAGCUAACCUUGAAGCCACACCAGACACUCCACUGCUCAAGUACUUUGGUUGCGAGAGGUUUUUUUCCCCUUUACUGAGCGAGAAGACCUCUGGAAUCCAGGGUAAAACUAAAGAAAAUACUGCUAAGAAUUGGAAAUUUAAAUAUACAAUAAAUAGUGUUGUAAAGUUUGAAGUACUGAGUAUAGGUUUUUUCACUCUGUGUAAAUAAUUUUAGUGGACUCUGGUGCUUCUGAGCAGAUAAAGAAAGCUUUACUUGGUGGUCAGAUGAAAGAAUUGGUCGACCCAUAUUUACUGUUUUCAUUUGCUGGUAAAGAGGUAAGCGCCAAAUAUAGCUUGCUUCUAAAAGAUCGGUUUGGUAAAAAUCGUUUAAAACUUGAUCGCCACGUGUAAAGGAAUUCAAGACAGUCUUGGAUUCUGGAGUCCACUCCAGGUACUUAAUUCCGGAUUCUUUUUCAGUGGAACUUGUAUCCGGGAUUCUGGAUCCCCGAGCCCAGGAUUCCGGAUUCCACAAGCAAAAGUUCACAGAUUCCGGAAUCUGGAUUCCCUUACGUGGGGCGAAAAACUACAAAUUUGAAGAGUUUUGGAAUUAAUAUCAUCCUUUUUAUGUACGCUCAGGGAUAAAACUUGGAAAAAAAACACCGUUUGAAUGAAAUUCAUCCACAUCAAAGAGAGGCCCAACAAGAUUUUUUAUUAACUUAAGAACAGCCUAAAUAUCGCAACGCCACCGCUGGUUUUCCCGCGAAAUGACUUCUGAGGAACGAGCGCAGAAAGUUCGAACUGAUGACGCGUUACUAACUAGACUUCGUUACUGCUUCCUAUUGGUUAAAGACGCGGCACAACAAAUUAGAUGCACUACCCAGAUCUGGCUAGACUACUGAUUUGUUAAAUCUGAAUUUGAAGAGAAUUGAAUCUCUUCUCGGAUUUUUUUCAUUGUUAUUUUUAUUUCUUUAGGGAAGGACUGCCACUCAUGAAAACUGCGACCACCCUGAAUUUAAUCAGGAGCUGCAUGUUCCUUUCCAGGUAAAGCACAAGAAUUAUCUUACCAUUAGUUCAUACCAAACUGUAGGCGUUACUUCUCUCCGGAGAUAUAAACUUGUAGAACGCUUUUUGAUUAGUUCUAGGCGGCAUCAGAAGUUUCUGGUUUCCAUGUUUUUUACGUUUUCCUUCUAAUUUUGUCAUUUUCCAGUUUUCCCAGAGAACAGGGUCAUGGUUUUUUAAUCUUCUACUCCUUUGUCUGCACGCCUUUAUGAGGAAAAAAUAUAUCGGAUAUAUCGGAAUAGUGUAGCAAAUUGUAAUUAUAGAUAAAUAUCACACUGAAUUUAAGUGCCUGUUUGCAAAUUUGUUAAUUAACGAUAAUGUUAAAUAAUGCUAAAAUGCCAAGGACAGUCCAUGUGGGCAUCAAUGUUGUAUUGGGCUUUGGUUUCAGUUCCCUACAAUGGCUGAGAAGUUAAAGUUGCAGUUGUGGGACUGGUAAGCGUUAUGAAGUGUUAUAGCAAUAUGUGUCUCUUCGGUACCAAGAACCAUCAGUGCUCACAUUUGUGAUCUAACAUCCUAAAUUCCACUUUACAGAUUGUAAAGUGUUUAUAUACCAGACUUCUAAGAAAAUGAACUUUGAACUAUUGAGAACGAAAGGUGAAAUUUGCCUAACUUUACCUGAUUCCGUAAACUUCAGUUCAAAGCUUUACGAAAGUUUACACUGUCGUGUAAAGGAAAGGCGCAUAAAGCUUCCGUAAAAGAGCGCACUUUACGGCACGCAAGAAAAGUAGCGUAAAGCUAUGUUAAGACGAUUUUUACUUAUCGGAUACAGGUUCGUGAAGAUCCGUUAAGAGCCUGUUCUGUUUUUUUUUUUCGCCAAGUUGAAAAAACCAAAGACGAAUUUAUGUAACUUUAUACUAAAGCGAAAAUGUACUUCAUUGGAAUGUCAACACCACAGGAUUUUGUCCACCUAGGUUUCAAAGUUAGAAAGUCAAAUAAUCUUACAACAAUAUGGCCUAAGAGAGAAGGGGGAAGAAAGCCGAACGUGGCAGAGUAUCAAAAAUAACCAAAUUGAAACUCCUGGAAAAUCCUGUGUCCCCCUUACCUCGCCCCUUCCCUCAUUCCCCUCAAUAAAUAGACAUUGUUUCUUGCGCGUAGUGAGCAUAAAGAUGAAUUUCUUUAUCCUCAAUCAUAGAACUUGAAUUGUGUAUUUUUAAAAAUGCUGUGUGGGUUUUUGGGAGAACUUUCAAGGCAACUACCGAGUGUAUGGUUCAAUUUUGAGUCCACCUUAUUGGUUUUUGUUGUCACUGUUAUGUAACUUAGCGUUGCACGACUGUAAUUAAACUUUCUUUUCCUUUCCUUUCUUUUUCGUGCAAUUUAAAUUGUACAUAUCCCUUAAAUAAUAAGUAAUGGUAACAGGACUGAGUGGAGUCCAAUUCGGUCUGUAAUCAUACGAGUGAUUAACAAAAUCGGACGACCGCGUAGUGGGAGUCCGAUUUGUUUAAUCACGAGUAUGAUUAGACUGAAUUGGACGACACGAAGUUCUGUUACCAAUGAAUCAUAACUUUAACAAAAUUUGUGAUAUAUUAGGCUAUUUUUUAAACCAAAACACAAGAAAUUCGAAAUUUUGUUUUGCUAGCAGUAAAAAAAAAAAGCCAUUUAAGAGCGCGCGUGAUGGCGCGUACUGUCCAAUUACUUAGGCAUGACGUGUACUGUCCUAUUAAACUGUCCAUUUAAGGCUGAAAUCAGGGCAGUUGAUAGCCAAUCAGAUUUGACAAUUUUGUUAUAGUUAUGAUUAAGGAUUAAAUUAACUGCAAAAACUACUGUUUCUGAACACUUUCUCUCUCACUCUAACCAUUCUCAUACUGACAUGCAGUUAAUCCCACUAGAGAAAAUUCAUUCUUCACGUGACUCAGUUCGUAAGGUCAGAGAGUCGCAUUUGAUAGAUAAGAGAUGAGACCAUGACUCUUGAACCUCAUGGCCUAAACCGCCGUGACGAAUUAUUGUAAUCCAUAUCCUUAGUAUUUUUCCUUUCCAGUUUUUAUGUUUUAUGUGUGCAUGCCUCACGCAGUCUGGGUGGUAUGUACCAAAUAUUAACACAAAUUAAGCGAUUUUUUCGCUGUGCAUCUGAAAAACUUGGGACAUGACUGAAAAGAAGGUUGUCUACGAUCGCUUUUCCAGAAACUUCUAACUGACAUAGAGCUCGAAUUACACGUUUUAUUUUAUUUGUGUCACCAGGGAUAAAUUGACCAGCGAUGAUUGCAUUGGUACCCGUUACAUUCCGGUGUCUGCGAUAUCAGGACAAGGCGAAGAAGGUGUUUCGCUUAUUCUGUUUCUUUUUAGACGAGAUAGACGCAAUACAUUCAGUUUAUUGGGGUAGGUGUAUCUGAUACCCAACAUAGAGCUGACACGGACAAAGUUUUGUACAAUAUCAGGGCAGUAAGUGCAAGUUAGCUCUCUUAUCCUGGAAACGCGGACCACCGCCCCAAUUUACUUAGGGAAAGCCUUGGGAUCUAAACUUGUAGCUAGCGCUGCAGGAGUAUGUUUUGGAGGAGUUACUGCUUAUCUCUUUCUAUCUAUAGCUUGCCAGGUUAUUUUAUUUUGAAAGCAGACAAAUAUUAGGAAGAGUAGAAGAGCAAGCAAUAGGUUUGGCAUGAAGCUAAAAGAUGAAUAGGGAGGAGGUUUUUCUUUACUACCUUCUCUACACCGGCUAAAGCUUUCUACUCAUUUACCCCCAAACCAAUUCUAUUGCUAACCGACCAACCAGAACACGAUUGUAGUACAAAGCUCUAAAAUCAAUGCUCAAAGACCUUGCAUUUUUGCAAGUACGACGCCAUCACGAUUAAGGGCGUCUUUCAUAAAAGGUCUGUUCACACUAGGUGCAUGAGCACAGUGCCGAGUAAAAUUUAUACUGGGCACUAAUGUGAACACACUAUCUUUUUAACUCCUUGCUACUCGAAAGUUUCAAAAUGGCGUCUGGCAGAACGAAAUACAGCAGGCCUCAGUUGUUCGUAAGGUGGAUAGCGUUAUCCACCGGAUAAAUCACUAUCCACUAGAUAAAGCAAUUGGUUUCCCUAAUACUUAUCCACUGGAUAGUGAUUUAACCGGUGGAUAGCGCUAUCCAGCGUUUGAACAACCAGGGCCAGAUGUGUACCAAGUUUGAUACCGAGUAACGAAUGUGUGGACGCCACCCUUUUGUGCUGGUACCCAGGCACUAGUUCUCGGGCACCAAGUGUGAGGACAACCGAAUGUUAAUAUAGACCCAUUGAGGGGAAAUAUAGACUAUGUUUUACUGUUAAAAUUCUUUUAAUCUCAGGUUUUUUGCCGCGAUAUGGUCCAUGCUUUUUAAACUUUUAUGGUUCCACAAGAGAGUAUUCCGAUCUUCCUGACGAGUACGACGAGCUUAACCUUGGCAUUGUAAGUUCCUUUUCUAACCGCGACUCGAUGCAGUAUACGUAAUAAAUCAAUGACAGAUCUAUUUUCAAUCUUCUUUAUCAUAAAAGUCAUGAGCUCUUUUUAAGAGCUUCAUUCUAUUUUGGUUGUUGCACUGUUAAAUUAAUCUUUUCAGCGAACAUUUAAACCAGACGACGACUCUCCCAGCCGACUUGCUGACAGAAUUCCAAAGCGCGGCAUUAAAUUCUGCGCUCUUCCCUUAAAUUACUUUGGUCUUGUUGACUUCAUGCAAUACUUCCUAAAAAAACGGCCAAUUAUUUACUGAUACACACAGCAACUGAAUUAUUUAAAACUUCUGUUGAAAAGUUUUUUUACUUUACUAAAACACAUCUUGGCCAGGAAAAUAUUACUUUUCCUCAUUCAAAGUUUAGGGGUUUAAGUUUUGAACACAGAUUUUGGAAUUCUAUUAGGUCUAACAAGUGCUGGCCUCAUGAAAUAAGAACCGCGGCUUUGAAGUGUAACUUUGUGCGCUCUUAGUCUGUGCCAGUCCCUCUCAGAUAGUAGAGAGCUUUAGAUUCGAGGACUACGACGACAACGAAGACGAUAUUUCAUGUUAAGUUAUCUCGCCUAUUCUCUAAAAAUAGACACCCCGGAAAGCAUCAUCAUGGUACUUUUUUCACCACAAAAGUUAGUACGAAUAUUUCCGUUGAAGGACGUAAAGCCCUCUCCUAAUCGCUGAAUGAUAAAAUUCCCAACAUUUGAUAACUUGGUUUCGCCACUAAGACAUUCUCGCUAAAACUCGUAGCACACAUUGAGUAGAACGACGAUAGCUAUCACAUUUUCCAGCCAAAAUGACGUUGGUUCGCGCGCGCCCAUGCCAUUACUUAGUAUUGAGAAAAUCUUGUAUUCGUGGACGUCCUCGUCUUAGAAUAUCAAGCUCUCUAUUAACAACGUCGAGAAAACACGGUUAAGGGAAACAGGAUGCGCGUGAUCUGGUUCCUUUCUCCCCAGCCCCUGCACAUUUUCCACAAUCUCAGCACAUUACUUUCUUGGAGCCUGGAACAGGCUGGUUUUUUGGCGGUAACCCUGCCUUCCACUGUAAAUUGCUUUGUGUGUAUAGCUACAACAAUAUAGAGAUUUAAGGUGACGUUUCGGCAAACGGUAAACGCAGGAAUUUUCACCAAGUGACCAAGUUUCUUUUACACCAGAUUCAACAAGAAGAAUGAUUUUGAACAGUGUUUACCUCUCUUUUUCAAAUUUGAGAAAUUGUCAACCUAAAUAUAAUCUGACGUUUGACGUUUUCCGUAAACAUGAUUCCAAAUCUCUCUCAUAUUUAAUGAACUAUUUUUAAAUUAAGGGGUUCUUUGUCGUACACUAACCCUUUCAAAUUAUUUGGAAUGCUUGGUCUUUUAGGGUGAAGGCGUUGCGUAUCGUGGUCGAGUUCUUGUUGAACUUGAGACCAAACUAGACACUCAGCCAACAAAACUUAUCGAAGACGUCCAAAGUGAUCACAUAAUACGUAUCCAGGUAAGUGUCAGUCGUUUGGCUGGCUUGUGACAUCAUAGACUCUCCAACCUCCUGUUGAAGAGACCAUGGUGACAUGGGUAACCGAUCUGCUAAUAUUCGAGAUACGUGAUGAAAGACAUUUUAUGUAGCUUCCAAAACCAUUCAAUAAUUCUUGCAUAUGUUCACUGCCUUUUCUGUUUCUCAGAGUAUCAAACCCAAACCUCGUGCUUAACAUAAAUUGCUUUCCAUUGCCUUCUUUUUUAUUUUCCGGUAUCUUCACCGUCCUCUACCUUUCAGGCCAUUAUAGUGUUGGUUUCUUGGUAGUCCUGUGUUCAGCUACUUGGUCAGUUUUCCUGCGGCCAGUUGGGAUACUCGACCUUGUUAUGUUCAAGUUUAUUUUAGUCAUUUGCCUAGAUCCACUUGACUCAAUGUUAAAAAUACUGCUUUGGGAAUUAAUGAGAACAAGGUUACUUUUAGAAAGGGUGGAGUAAAUGGUAACGCUUCCUAGUAAAAAGACAACAAAAUCAAAGCAUUUUCCGGCACUGCAAACAUACUGUAGAUUUCCGCCCCAUCUUCCGACAUCCCCACCACCCAGCAGGAAACAAUCUGUUCCCUCUGUUCAAUUCUUUUCACAGAGGUACCUCCGUCGAAGAAAAUACAAAUUGUUUGCUUGUUUCUUGGAGGCUUCAAUGGUGGCAUGCACGGAUGGACAUGUAACCUUUGAGAUCAGCAUCGGUAAAGUUCAUUUAUGAUAGAUCAGUUGUGUGGAAAUUUAUUUGUUAAUUGCAUUUCCUUCUAAACUAAUCAGGAGCAAAAGCAAAUCCAGACACGACUUUCUUGCAAUCAUUUUCCUCCGCAUGAAAGCCACUACAUACAUUUGCUUUAGAGGUCAAUGUUGCUGCAGAAAGGAAAUUGAGUAUUUAAUUUGUGGCAUAAAACAGUAGUGUUAAGUUAGAUUAUCAAAGUCCUCUGAUGCUAAAUUUCAUUCCGAAGAUUGUAAAUAGUAUGAUCAGCAUCGAAAACGCAAUACUGCAUCAAGUGUGACGUCAGUUGAUCCAUAUGAAAUUGACGGGAAGCUCAGCACUGCUGCUAUUUUAUUCUUUCUACCACUCGGGCUUCAUCUUUAGAUUCACGUUGGACGGAUUGAUGUCAUGUGUAGUCCAAAUGAGUAUCGCUCUAUUCAGGGGAGAAUGUUGUUAGGAUUGGGCAGAUUAACAAAACUCAUAGAAAGGUUAAUAUCUGAAGAAAUUUUCAUUUGUGAUUGAAAAUAAAAAUUUCCCUCCUCAAGUGAUCUGGUCCUUCAGGUCUGAUCAGUUCAUUUAAUUACCUAAGUGUCCUGUAAUUAAAUUUCAAUUCACAAUAAAUAUAUGAACAUUGUUAAGUCAGCAUGAUUUUCACAACUUCAGCGUAGGCAGAUGCCAACGUGGCUGACGCAUGAAUGAGUGUCAUUGAUGCAUAGUCGGUUGUUUACAGAUGUAAUUCAGCGAUUUUGGGCGGUUUUCCGCCAUCCUAUAGUUUUUUUUAUAGCUUUUCUAAACUUGGUGCUAAUCACUAGUAAGUAGCACUGGGAACUAGCACUGAGCAACGCAACACAGGCAGCAACAGAGCAACAAAUAGGGGAAAUAUCUUUCCCACGCGCGCGCGUAUCGAUCUUGCGCUUUUCCCUUUAUUAUUCAAAACGUAGCUUAAAAAAUAAUAGACAACUGGGGAAAAACAAGCUUUCAAUAUAGCUAUUUAGACUUCAUUAGACACUUUGAUUUUCUAUAUUAUUAGGAAAUUAUGGAAAUCAGCUGGACCUUUCAGUUCCACCGUCGUCAUCUUCUACCUCGCCAACAAAUGCCAUAUUUGAUGGAAGCUAUUAUUAUUUUCUGCCAUGGAAUGAUAUCAAACCCUGCUGUUGUGUCGAUAGCCAUUGGGAAGACAUUGCCUUCAGGCUGGGACCACGUAACAUUCUCGCUCGGAUGUGUGAAAGACUUGUGAGUACGAGGUGGAAUUUUCUUGCCAGCAAAAUUUUGCGAUCUUGAAAACCCUCUAUUGCUUUUUAAAAAAGACUUAGUCUCUAUGUUGUCUACUAGUUGGCAAUGGUCUGGUGGUUUUGGAAAUAAAAAUAUUCUUAUGAUCAGAACUAUUCUAGACAGUUACUUAAAAAAAAUCUAUAUUUAUUCAUACUGCUGCCCCGUCACCGCUUCGCCCGAGGGUGUUGCGAUAAACGAAUUUCCAUUAAACUCAUCUGCGAUAAGAAAAGACAACAGAGGUCCAAAAGUGUGAUGUAAUGCCUGAUAAUUCCUCAGAAAUAGAAGAAAAAGCCAAAUGCACGAUUUCGGCUUUUUAUUAUUAAGACAAAACAACAAGCUCUCUUAUGUCUUUCAAGUAAGAGAAUUUUUCUUAGCUCUACCUCAUUAAAAGACAAUUGAGUUUGACCCUCUCACAGCCAGAGUGAAUGUUGGAGUCCCGUAGGCUGGUUCUAACUUUUGGGUCUGAGCAGCGCCGUAGCUAGUAUGAGGCCAACCGAGGCACUCGCCUUGGUAAAAUUUUGACGAAUUUCGCCGAUCAUUUUUAUUUUACAUAAGCGAUCAUCGGAUAUUUUUAACGCAUCAUGAUAUUACAAAGAAUUCAGCAAUUCAGUCAAUAUACUAUGAAAAAAAUUACCAUAUCAUUGAUCUCAAGGGGCUACGUACGUUAACUCAAUUUUUUUUUUGAACAAAUACUGAUCAAAACCAUUGGCGAGGUUAACGGUCACCCAGAUUAUGUAGCUUCUUUCUGAUUAUUGCUUUUUAAAUCCCACUUAAAUUAACUCGAAAAAAAGUUACCGAAAGGCCCAGAAAACGCUGCAAAUCGCAUUUCCGAGAGACUAAAGUUCAAAAUUUCUCGGGGGAGGGGGGGGGGCAUGCCCCCGAACCCCCCUAGCAACUCCCGCCUGCCUCGGUUGGCCGUUUGGUCUGGCCACGGCACUGCUGAGGAUGAAAUCUUAUGUUGUAACCGUUUAAAAGAUUCGUCUCUGCCUGUACUUUCAAAUGGUGGUAUUUGUUUUCAAUAUUUGACAAAAUGAAAUUUGGGAAUUUCUGUCGAAUGCUGCCCUUGGUCACACUUGGCGCUGAAAGGGUUAAAGUCAAAAAGAACUUUUUUCUUAACUAGGAAACCGACAUAGAGAAUGUUCAACUGGCCAGAAUAGCAAGCCAAAACGGAAGUGAAGACAUAUCCAGUGUUGCUGUACUUAUUAUAAAAAUGCUGGAUAAACUCAUAGAGGAUUGCAGGUAAUGAGCUAUAUUACGUAAUAGUCACAUAACAGUCUCUCUUCUCUUCAAUUUCUUUCUUAGUUAAUUUUAUAGAUCGGCCCUAGAGGGGGGUGGGAAAGGGGGCACAAAAGGGGGCUUUGGGUAGAGGUGUAUGUGCCGUAUUUGCCAAACCCUCACCCUGUUUCAGACAAAAAUAGUUCAUUUUGCGACCCUGCUUAAGACAAGAAACCUCUAUUGAGCAAACAAACAGGUCGACGCAGGGUAAGAUUAUUUACGCUGCAUUGGUUGACCGUGUAGUCGCCACAACAACUCCGAUAACAUGAUUACUGACUGGAGGAUUUAACUGCACUGUGCUAUUUAAAGACUUUGGUUCAUUUCGUUUCGCAUACAGAAUUAACUGCGAUCAUAGAAUUUGAUUUUUUGGGAAAAAAUUAUCCGCGCCACAAAUGUAGACUUCUCAUCGUCAACCUUCGAUCAAAAUUGCCAUGGAUUUCUUUUCAAACCAGCCUCGACGUUUGACUCGAGGAAUGAUAUAAAUGUAAUGCUGUUUACGUAUGGAUGUACAAUCCUUGUGAUAGUCAUUAUCAACACACCAUGACACACAUUAUAGUAUUAUAUAUAUUUUUUUUUUUACCCCUGUGAUUUUAAAAACAAUCGGCAUUCUGUUGUCGUGCUCCACAGUUUUUUAUGUUGCAGCGGCUAUUGACGGAUUUUAAGUUAUUUUAGAUCCAACAUUUCAUGUCAAUUUAACAUUUACUGACUUGUCCUUCUUUGGAAAUCGUGUGAUUCGAUGGUGUCAUGGUUGUUUUGAUUGGAUGAAUUGACCACUACAGAAAAUACCCUAACAUACUCUAGUGCUCUUUGUUUGUCACCCCAAAAAUUUUGCAUAAGCAUGGUUUUCAGUUUCUCUAGGGACCAUUUUAACUGCCAAGAGAAACUGAAGCGGCUAUUGACGGAUUUUAAGUUUUUUAGAUCCAACAUUUCAUGUCAAUUUGACAUUUACUGACUUGUCCUUAUUUGGAAAUCGUGUGAUUCGAUGGUGUCAUGGUUGUUUUGAUUGGAUGAAUUGACCACUACAGAAAAUACCCUAACAUACCUUAGUGCUCUUUGUUUGUCACCCCAAAAAUUUUGCAUAAGCAUGGUUUUCAGUUUCUCUAUGGACCAUUUUAACUGCCAAGAGAAACUGAAGACAAUGCUCAUGCAAAAUCUUGGGGUGACAAACAAGGAACAUUAUGGUAUGUUAUGGUAUUUUCUGUAGUGGUCAGUUCUUAUGACGAAGCAACGUUGUGUGACGAAUCACUGAACCGUUAAGUAACGUGCAUAAUUAAAAUAGGCGUGAAACGUCCUUACCACACUACUCUUGUGAUUCUUGUGUGCGCUGGUUUUUAAAAAAACCUUCUUCCUGUCAUAGAAAACCUCUUCCUGAGCUGAAGCCAAAAACUCCUGGACUAAACGACCUCGAUUUUAAAAUCCGAGAGAAAAGAGAAACUGGACUGGUGAGUGUUUUUGUAUGAGUAACUAUAAUUUUAAGACUGUAAACUGUAAUCCAAACGCCAAAUCAAUAAAGAAUUUGACAACCGCUUAAGGUGGCUCCGUAAUUAAUACUAGAGCAUUUUGCUGUGACAAAUUUUCCGUUAUAACUUUUUGGUUCUUAACGCGAUGGCUGCGAAACUUUGCAAAGAACAACAGAUAUCAUUCGGCAAUAAUACGGAAUAUUCCGAUUUCAUUGAUGUUAAAUAUUCCUUGAGAAAUUAGCGCUUAAAAGGACCCUACUGUUGGAAGAAAAUCGCGUCUAGUAAAAAUAAUUGCUGAUAUUUUUUACUGACAUUUCUGGUAUCGGCUUUAAUUGAUAUAAUAAAUAUGCCAAAGGAAUUUCAGAAAAAUCGUUGGAGCAGAAGUCCGUAACUAAAAGUCGCUCAAAAUUCAGCUGUGAAAUUGUUUUGUAAUUUCAAAAAUAAAUUACUUUCAGGUAGAAGGAGCCACCAGUUUGAAUUUUCGGGACAAGUAAAUUCAACGUUUGCUAAUUCUUAAAACAAAAGUCGAUUGCCUAUCGUGCUAUUCUUUAAAACGUACUUUUUAGUUUUAGAAGCACUGUAAAUUGCUCCAAACCUUGCUCUGAAGGAGAAUGACUUGUUCUUCGACAUUUUUAAAAUAUCCCUUUGCAGUUUUGGCUUAAAACUCCUGCUGCAUACAUUUUGAUGUAUUGCAAGGCAUUUUCAACGACUUCUACUGCUGUUCGUUGCUUCCAACUCAGGAAAAAAGUAUUGAGAUUGGACGCUACCUCGUAUAAGAGCUCAGAUAGAACUGUCCAGCACCUUUGUUUAUAACUACAAAAUGAGCACGAGCGGCAGUUCUGCGAGGAAUUCGCACCUCACCCAGGGGGGACGAACGACAAUGAUGACCACUCCUGUGAACCGAAUGACAUCACAGUGCAAAAUAAAAUUAUCGCAAAAAUACUGCCCGUGAAUAAAUUUACAACUCUGAAAUUUUUGUCACUUCUUCCUUCAAUGAAUGGGUAUUUUUUCCUUGAUUAUUAUGUUUUGCUCUGCAAUACAUGUUUAUACAGAUCUGUUCACAGACAAGGGCAUCAUUGUCAUUCGUCCCCCCUGGGUGAGGUGCGAAUUCCUCGCAGAGCUGCCGCUCGUGCUCAUUUUCUGGUCAUAAACAAAGGUGCUGGACAGUUCUAUCUGAGCUUCGAUACAACGUAGCUUACAAUCCCAAUACCUUUUUCCUGAAUUCGAAAAAGCUUACAGCAGGAAAAGCCGUUGAGGAUGCAUUGCAAUACAUCAAAAUGUAUGUAGCAGGAGUUUGAACCAAAACUGCCAAGGGAUAUUUAAAAAAUGUCGAGGGAACAAGUCAUUCGACGUCAGAGCAAAUUUUGGAGCAAUUUACAGUGCUUCUAAAACUGAAAAGUACCCUUUAAAGAAUAGCACGAUAGGCAAUCGGCUUUUGUUUUCAGAAUUAGCAAACAUUGAAUUUACUUGACCCGAAAAUUCAAACUGGUGUCUCCUUCUUCCUGAUAGUAAUAUAUUUUUGAAAUUCCAAAACAAUUUCACAGCUGAAUUUUGAGCGACUUUUAGUUACGGACUUCUGCUCCAACGAUUUUUCUGAUAUUCCUCUGGCAUAUUUAUUAUAUCAAUUAAAGCCGAUACCAGAAAUUUCAGUAAAAAAUAUCAGCAAUUAUUUUUACUAGACGCGAUUUUCUUUGAACAUUAGGGUCCUUUUAAGCGCUAAUUUCUCAAGAAAUAUUUACCAUUAAUGAAAUCGGAAUAUUCCGUAUUAUUGCCGAAUGAUAUCUGUUGUUCUUUGCAAAGUUUCGCAGCCAUCGCGUUAAAAUCGAAAAAGUUAUGACGGAAACUUUGUCACAGCUAAAUGCUCUUGUAUUAAUUACGGAGCCACCUUAAAAAAUGAAAAGAAAAUAAUAAAAUCAAACACCGUUAGAAGAGUGAGUGCAAAAAUCAAUAAUGGCUUAUGCUCAUGUGCGAGAACGUCUUAUCUUGUUGUUGCUGACUUGUCCUUGAUACGACUUAACCGUAUGAAAUAAAUUAUAUAUCCGCGUAUUCCAUAUAUAGAAAUCUAUCCUAGAAGAUGCCAUGCACCUGCGAGAAACGGCAGAAGACGUAGAUGAGGCGAUCAGUGCUGCUGAAGAGCUGUUGACGAGCCUCAGGCUGCUUGUAAUUGAGGUAUGGAGUCACAUCACAUCACGAAAAACCCAAAGAAAGUUAUGAAUAAACAAAAAAAAACCCGGGGGGGGGGGGUACUGAACACAGUUUUAUGCCAGGAGGCUUCGUCACGAGGUCCAACCGCUCACCCUUUUAUACACCAUUUUUGGCAGGAGUCAGAGUACUCCUUUCGUUUUGUAUUCCUUUUAUUAUUGACAAAUGGUACCCCUUGCACAUACCUUUAAAAGUUCAGAACGCUGCAUUUCUUUUUACUCGUGCUGUAUAUGCACCGUAAUUUAAAUAUGAAUAAAUCCCUAAACCAGGACGUUUUCUUGUCUUUUUCGUUGCCAUAAAAUGCGUCUCCUGUCCCUUUAGGCCCUUCCACAGACCGCAUAAUGGAUUUCCCUUCUCUUUGAUGCACUUCAACUAGAAUUAAUUGGUGUAAGGUUUUAUUCGCUGAUUUUUUUUAUCCGUAGCCCCAGAACAGUAUGCCUGACGUUGUUAUCUGGAUGUUGAGUGGAGAGAAAAGGAUAGCAUAUCACCGCAUUCCGGCCUAUGAUGUUCUCUACUCCAAACAUUCGGACUGUCGUGGCAAGCAUUGUGGACAGGUGUUAAAUCUAUUUAUGCAGGUAAGAUUGGUUUUAUGUUAACAAGAAAAUCUUAAGUACCGCACUUACGGCAAACACCAGGUAGACUUGCACGUGACCAUUUUUCCGCCAGAAAAUUUACCGUCCUACUUCAAGGAACCGUCUUUUAGAUAAACGGCUAACGCAAAAACGUAAGAAUUUGGAAACAGCAUUUCUUUUACUUUUCUUAUUUAUUGAGCCGAUUUCCACGCUUACCAGUGAAGUGUCUUUGGCCUUAAACACUGUUCAGUAUGAAGGCACAAAAAUUAGAAUAAUAAUUUUGAAAACGACCCAAGCGAACUUUGUAGCCAUUUAAGUGAAAAGAGGCUAGAAGGUGAGUUUUUUUGGGCACGAUAAGCUUGAAAAGCACACUGUCAGCAAAAGAAAAGGAAAGGAAAAAUAGAAAGAGCGAGGAGGAAGAAAAUGGAAGAGAAAAAAAGCGAUGGUCAUGCGCCCUCAGUCUUUUUAUUGUUGAAGCUAUCUUAAAAUAAAUACAACUCCAUUUUAACCUCCACAGUACCCUGGAAAGAAAGGCUUUAACAUAGAUGGUUACCCCGAAGUCCCUGCUCAUGUCCGCGUUAUAUUGUGGCUUGGACUCGAGGAACAUCAAGAGGCUUGGACGAACCGCCAGGAAACUGAAGGCGAAGUUUGUGUAUUCGCAGAAACGGUAUAGUGAUCAUACAUUGUUUUAGCUUGGCAUCUUUUCGUAUUAGUGCAUGAUGACUGCCAUUUUAUAUAGUUAAAGCCAGUUCCUUAACACACCAUUUAAUAAAAUUUCGAAGUUCAUAUUACUUAAAUUCUUGAAUUCAUUCAAUUCAUUCAGAUAUUCAAUUCAAUACUUCAUUUAAUUCUUUACUUAAAUUCAUUGUCGAAACAUCGGUGAGCUUGUUAGAAAGAGUUAAUUUUGAAAAGUAUUCCAAGAUGUUUUAGUGUUUUAACUUACUUUAAUCGAAAAUUUGUACAAUUAUUUAUUUCCUAUACACGAACCCUCAAGCUAGUAAGCUUUAAACGUCAUCAUGUAUGAAUAAAGGUUUUGAUUUGAUUUUAUUUGGUUUAAAUUCUUCGCAAAAUGAUAGAAAUAGGGGCUUCAAGUUUCGGGAUUUUUACCAGGCAAUACUGGAAAAUAUUUCAAAAUGGUAACCCGGAAAAGGUCCUGCCGUUCUGUAAGUAUUUUCAAGCACAUGAUCUUAGUGAUUUCCGAUUUUCAAGGUAAAAAUCUAACAUUUUAAGACGAAAUCCAUCAGGAAGUUGUCGUAAUUUUAAUUUUCAGCUGAAAAAACCUUGCACCAGAUUAAUUUAAGCCAUAUCGUGCAUUCGUUUUUUUACUUUUUAAGGGUUAUUGAUAGAAUUAGUUACCAACGUCAAAGACGAUCUCUUUAUAUGAGAGCCCGUGAACCCUGAUUUUAAAUUUCACAGGAAUUGUGAAAACACAGGCAAAAUGUCAUGAGUAUAAGAUUUCAUUUUGUGAAGUUUAAAGCUUUUGAAAUUUGUUUUCUCGGGCUCCUAUGAGAAAUUUUCUUUGGCGUUAUUACAUAAAACUAAAUACAUAUUUAGCCCUUGAAAAGAAUGAAAAAAGGAGAAUGCAAUAUGCUUUAAAUAAAUAACAAUUAUUAUGGUACAAGGAUUUUGUCCGAUGAAAAUUUCAAUUAUUACUUAAUUUCCUAAUGGAUUCCGUCUUAAUCUUACCUCUUGUUAGUAUGAGAACCAGAUGAGCGUGCUUGGAAAUUGGACAGCAAAAGGCCUUCCUCGCCCUGCCUGGUCAAACGCCGGUGGAAAGGUGAGAGUUCACGCUACAAAAAAUAAAGACCAGUUUCAGUUAUCAAGCGAAGCAUAAACAGCUUACUCUGAAGACUUUCCCUCCGUUGAGGGUAAAGGGAGAACAUUAGUGAUCUCGAGUCGAAGCUAGUUUGCGGAAUAGCACGUGGCAAGACAUGAGGAAUUACGUCAACUAAUAUUAUACGUGAUGUCGUAUAGAUGAAUAUCUACUUUGGGUUAGGGUUUUAAUUUUUGUUGUUAAAAAUGUCAAACCAACGCCAACUCUUAUCCGGCUAUCCGCAAAAUUUAUGUCAAUCUAUUACAUGUUACACGUCAUUUUGCAAACUCUAUUUUCAUUUUACUCGGGCCGUUUUUUCGCUACAUGAUAAUUGGUAUGGCCAGCAGUACAUAACGCAUACACACCGCCGUAUCACUUGCGCGGUGUCCGCCAUGGCCAGCAGUUUCGCCCUCAUUUUAGCUUGCGAGUAGGCCCCUUUGUGCGAAUUCGGAGAAAAUUUUGGCCGCGCGAGGAAAUCUACGGAGUAUGAUCGAUUGCAUGAUGAAGGGAGUCACAGUAAUUGUUGAAAUGAAUGGAUGAAUAAAUAUGAUAAUGAAUACUUAGAAAAUAAUUAAUGCUAAAGACACAAACAAACGUUUAAAGAAAGAACCAACAAAUCUUAAGAGAAACUGGAUUUUAAAAAAAAAAAAAUAGUAACUCAAUAUUUCCAUGUUAAAUUACUUUCUUACAGCUGAAGCUUCUGAAAGAAUCAUUUACUGCACCAGACGGAUGGUGUUUCGAAGGAGACUGGUUUAUUAACCCAGAACUAAGGUUUGUGCAAACUAACAGUCAGAUUCAUUCAUUUAAACUGAUCAUGAGAUCAAAAAAUAUAUAUAAAUUUCUUGUGCUGAAAAAGAAGGAAGCAAAGGUAUGGUUUAACUGUCAGCUUGUUUCAAGUCGAAGCUGUACUGUCAUCAUCUUUUUUUUCCUGCCUUAAACAAGUGAUGCCAUUACGAAUUUUAAAUUUAUCCUUCUGAACUUAGAUGAGGGCGUCAACCAUCAGUCAGAGCGGGACUGCCAGACCAGACCCGUCGUAAAGAGAAUUUCGUUUUUAAUGAGACACAACUGUCGGACCAAAUCAGUUUAUUUCGUAACUGUUAUUCUCGACAGUGAUUUACGCUAUGUCAUAUAACUGUCUAGAAAAGCCUCUUUCAAUUUCAAAUAACUUGUUUGGCCGACCCGUUCUGAUUUCUGUAAGCGCCCUACGCUGAAAUUAGACAUAAAGAGUUGCUGAAUUGAUCAUUCCAUCAGUGAAAUGUUCGUCGAUGUCAUAUUUUCUGUACCAUGUCUCUUUUUCCACAAGUUCUUGAAAGAGUAUUGAAGAAAUAAUAGGGAUCAUCCUGAAAUGGUUUAGCAGCUCUUGGCCAUACAUCUGAAAGCCUCUUAAUUCAGAAUCUAAGGCAAACUUUAACUGUGAUUUAUCUGGGGCCAACCUCACGCAAAUGCCUAAUAUGAUGAGGAAGUCUUUGAGUAAAGCUUUCCUGAGAAUGAUUCAGGGUUGAAUUUAUUAUAGCGUUCAACUUGUCUUUUCCACAGCUUAGCAUAUGAAAAAGACACGGGUUGCAAGAGCUUUUUAGAAGACUUGUUUGAAAAUGAAGACCGCCUCCCAGGACAAACCUGGAAAGGUGCUGAAGUUCAAUGGACAGACAUCGUGAGUAGUUGGCUCUAGUCUACGUAAGAUGCAGGGAUACGUCGUUACUAUUUAUCCAUUCUAUACGACUGUUUUCCCUGCCAUUCACUUGUAUGAAACCUGUUGUACAAGCCACCGUGGAACCCUUACAAAGUCAUGAAACCACUGACAGCGUUUUGUUGCUUUUAUGUAAAUAAAUUAAUUAACCCUUUACGCCCCAAUAUCCACAUGCAAAAUCUCCAAACUGAUCUCUAUACAUUUCCUUAAAGAACUAGCUGAGAGAAUUUGCUAAAAGAUCAUGGCCGUUUCUCUUUGGAGAUCAUUUUAUUAAUUCUCAUAAUUUUAUCUCUUGACAAUGUAUAGAUAUUGUUAGGAGAAAAUUGAUGUUGUUCACUAUUGAGACUUAAAGGGAAAGAAUAUUUCUUUUAACUUGAUUGUGAUACUUCAACCCACAACAGCCACCUCUUGAUUAGCGGAGGUUCGACCACUUAUUGCUCACUUACAGUGCCUUGUCUCGAAAGUCGAGUUAAAAUUCACUCAAGCAACUGAACAUCUCUGACGAGAUGGGGAUAGGUCAGUUUUCAUAAAACCAUCCAGAUAUCUUCUCGGUCAUCCGAGAAGAGUAGACGAUCAGGUUAAGAAGUUGCGCUGUGUUCUUGUUGCAGCAUGGGAAUGGGGUCACUAGUAAAGACGAGAUAGUGGUAUCUGAGGGGUGGACUUGGACAUCCGAUUGGACUGUUGAUGCUAACAGAGCAGUGGAUGAAGAUGGUAACAACUCACUUGUUUCUUUCAAAACCGCUUCUUUGGGGUUAAGUGGCCAAUAUACCAUCUUUAAUGGUAUUAUACGAUAAUAAAGUUAGCUGAAAUGAUUAUAAAUAGGGUAAUGUUACAAAGGACGGCAGCAUUUGCUGAACUUCGUUCAAUGGUGUUUGUUAAUUCUGGACCCGCUUAAAAAGCUAAGCCUCCUCUGCAGGCAACGGUCGGCAAUUACUGUCACUCCCCUUUUUCUCCUCAUUCUCCCACCCGUUUUAUAAAAUAUAUUAAGCCUCUGGAGGAGACUACUCAAAGCUGGUGUUUAGACAAAACUUUUUUUCUCAUAGUUUUCUCAUAGUUGCAAAAAUAGGGAGGCAUGAAAGGUUCGAACAUGAAAAUAACAAAGGGACCAUGUUCGAAGGAACCGUGCCGCGAAAUUUAGCUAAAUAAGCCACCAGGAACAGGUCACCAAAGAUAAGCUUAUCGCCAAAAUGACCGCUUAAAGGGGGAAGAUGUUGAAAUAAAGCUAGUGACACAUUUUAGUUCGUCAUGAAGAUGUGGUUUGCCCUUAACGAGUAAUUUUUUUUGCUAAGGUCAAGUCAUUGGCAAUACAGGACGGUCGUGACAAUCCCUGCCGGGUUGGGUUAACCCCUCGCCCGCCUGCGACCCGCGCCCCGCCACCGACCACCAAGUCAACAGUUUCAAGCGAAACAUGAUCUGAUAACCUAACGUUUUAGAUAUAAAAGAAGGCAGAAAAUGAAAACUCAAAUGAAAUGACAUCACCUUUUACCCGAGUUUUUCUUUCAAACUGAAGGAUUCUCGCUAAAUGGAAUAAUCCUCAUCAAAGGGAAGAUGACCAACCGGCAUUUUCAGAAAGCUUGAUUUCCAUUCAAAAUUCAAGACCCGAAUUCUAAAACGACUAACGUAUACGUGCAGCGUGGGAACCAAGGAGCUCGAAUCAUAACUUUAUAUUCUAUGGUCAAAACUUAUGAAUCUGGAGAUAAGGUACGAGAUGUUAUCAGAAGAAGAGCAAAUAGAGAGAGGGAAAGUAUACACUUUGAUAAAUCUUACCUAGCUGCAUUUCAAUUCAUUUCCUGUCUACUCUUAGGAUGGGAAUAUGCAGUGGAGACAACUGUUGCGAGUUACGUAGCUGUAGAAAAGAGAUACCACAUGGCAAGAAGAAGAAGAUGGGUGCGCGGUAGAAAUCUGGUGAAGAGUACUGAAAAAGAAGACAAGGUGAAUCUCGUCAUAUUUAGUUCACGGUUAUUUUCUUUUAAUUUAAUUCUGGCCUUAAACAGAGACUAGAAUUCAGCCCAGUUAGUGCAGACGGGACUGGACGGGAAGUCCCGGAGACCCAUCCGUUCUGUAAUCAUGCGACUGACCUGAUUAUUAGUUUAAGGAAAACACCCUAGUAUGGAGCCGGAGUACAUGAUGUAUUAACUCUUUCAGGGCCAGGAAAAAGUAGACGAAGAAGGCUGGGAGUUCGCGACAGUGUUUUCAUCCAAGUUUCACAGUAAAUGUCGAACAAGAGAUUUAGUUCGACGCCGAAGAUGGCAUCGUAAGAUGGUACAAACUGAUCCGACUGCACCCGCCGUCUUUUACAUCAGUGAAGAGGUGAGGGAAAAAGUUACCGGUAAUAUGUUACUAGUAUUCGUUAUUCUUCUUCAGGCUUUUCUCUCGUGAUAAUUAAAAACCAUUGUUCUACGGAAUUAGGAAGUAAUUUAAAAUUAGCUUGGACUCUUACACUUAGCCCGAGAAAACAACCGACAUUUCCCAAUGCCACCACUGGUUUCCCGCGAAAUGGUGUCUGAAAGACAGUAAAAGUUCCUUACUGAUGACGUGUCACUAUCCAGAUCUGAGUAGGGCUUCUGAUUGGUUGAAACAAAUCCCCUGGGGCACGACCAAUCAGAAGCACUAACCAGAUCUGGGUAGUAUCGCGUCAUCAGUAAAGGAAUUUCUACGCUCGUUCUACAGACGUCAUUUCUUGGGGAAACCAGUGGUGGCGUUAGGAAAUGUCGGCUGUUUUCUCUUGUUAUGACUAUUAUAAGCACAUUUCUAACAGAAUUUGACCAAUGACAGGCCAAGAUAUGAUAGCAAAUAGAGUAAGGAUAGCGUAAUAAGUACUGGCAAUGAUGGCGCAAGGAUAGCACAAUGGCUGUGCAAUGGUAGCCCAUUGACAAGGCAACCUAACAUCAAUAAUAGCGCUUUGACCGCACAAAAACAGCGCCGUGAUUAUAGCAAAGGAAUAGCCCAUUGUUUAGUGCUUCCACGUCCCACAAAUUCUAUCCGUGAGAUUGUUCUAAAACUAUUUCGACCAACCAACAGGGUAAAGAAGGACAUAUGAUGGUGCCAAGGAUGUACAUUACAUUUGAAAGUACGUGAAAAAUAAAUAAUAAUUUAUGAUAACUGCCAUAUCAAGCUUAACAUCAAUAAAACAGUGAGCGGGCGCAUACGCAAGUUACCAAGACUGUCAAAAUUGUCAAAUUUAUGCUAUUAAAGGUUUUUAAAACUACCAAACGAAAUUUGCCUCCGAAAAUAGUACGAUCGAGGAAAUAUUUUCUGGCGCCAAAAUCGUAUUUUACAACCCAUGAGAAACACAGGAUAAGAAAUUAAAGGUACAUGUACAUGACCACUGAGACACCAUUACCUUUUUCUUAAAAAAUAACACUUAAUCGAUUGGAAGAAGCAAAUUUAGUGUCAUGGAUUUUUUAAUAUAGCAUUAACCCGGUUUAUUUUUGACGAUGAAAUAAUGAUUAUAUGAACAUCAUUUUAACUUUUUUUGUUGCUCAUUUCUGCGGCCGUUCGGAUUUCAGAUUUUUUGGGUUAAUAGAUCAGAUUCCUACACCCGUAGUAAUCCUACGUUAGAAGUGGCCAAAAUUGCGAGCUCUUGCUUUGUCAAUUUAAACAUCUCGAGAAAGUCUUUCUUCCGGGUGUUUGUUUCGUCUGUGUCUUAGAACCCCACAAGUACCAGCUUAGGGUGUACCUCUUUCAAGGCCGGGACCUGCUGCCCUCAGAUCCCGAUGGACUAUCAGGUACGUUUGGAAACUAACGAAAGUGGCUAAAAAAAACUUUCAGUUUCACUUUAAACGUUUAAUUGACCAAUUGUUCCAACAAGACGACCAGCAAAUAUGUUAAUUUUUUUUGGUCUAACGUAACUUUGAAUUAUAUUUCAAGCCUUAGAAUGCAAUUUUAAUCCAUCGAAUAGACUCAUAUUACUAGCCACAGACCUCUUCUCUCGUCGUUUUUAGAGGAAUUAGAUUAGACAACACAUUAAGGUUAUUUAUACGAAGUUUUUCUCGUCUUAGCUAAGACGCGUCUUAUGUAAGAACAAGUGUUAAGUGCUGUUCUGAAAUAAGACGCGUCUUAGCUAAGCCGCGUCUUAUUUUAGACGAAAUGUGCCGUUUAUAAGGAAAGUUCGCGUCUUAUUUAAGACGCGUCCUAUGUAAGACGCGUCUUAUUUUUCCUCGUAUAAAUGGCCCUAUUGUCGAUUAUGGUUCAUAGAUAUCCAGCUGUUUUAGGUCAUCUUUGACAUCUUUUUGCUGUGCAAAGUUAUAUAUUUAGUGCCUUUAUCCAUUCACAAAAUCCCCUUGUAGGGUGACGAGGAUAUCAAACAAAUUUCAUUAGGGAGCACUAAACCAUAAUAAUUUUUUGGUGAUGCAUGCUUGCAGUUACAGCAUCAAAACUUUAAAAUAUUGCCCAAUUUUUUACUUUUCAAUUCAUGUCCAUCCCUGCCAUCCGUAACAAUGGACGACUAAAUUGAACCUUUGUUUUCGAAAUUCAAUAGAUGCGAACACACGUUUUAGCUAUUUAAAAAGACAGCAGCAGGCCUUGUUUGAUCAAAUUAUUUUAUGAGCAGUUAUUUAUCACCGGUAUUUGUUUCACAUUAUCAUUUCAUAAAGUUUCACGAAGUUUCGUAUUUUUAAAUUGUUGUGCUCAAGCAAAAACUUUACGUGUCAUCAUCAUAACCGCCGACUGGAUAGCUCAAUUGUUCAGUUAGGUACCAGCUUCGUUUGGUCGGUCGGAAUUUAAUCUUCUCGGAUAAAAAAAUAAGAAAAAACCGUCUCGCAGCUGUUUCAGCCAUUUGACUCUUGGGAUUUAGACUUUUAAGGAACUAGUGGGUCUAGUAGAGGAUUUAACAAUCUUCAGGCAAUACUUAAAUUGGAACCCCUCCAUGUUGAGUUGGCCUUACCAUGCCAAUGUGAAAUCCGACUAGGCAUUGUUCACAAGAUCAUUUGAUAUAUCUAAGAAACUCCACUUGUUUCCUCCUUUAUUUCAGACCCCUACGUGCGUAUCGUAUUUGUUAAUCAGAGUCAAGUAUCAGAGACUCGCCCCCGGACAUUGUGUCCCACCUGGGACCAGACGCUGAUUUUUGAAGAUGUCCUUAUUUAUGGAAGUCCUGAAAUCACGGAAAAGUCUCCACCUCGAGUUGUUUUGGAGUUGUUUGACAAAGACGCCGUGGUAGGAUAUCUAAAGAAAAUAUCUUUACACGGAUAAGCAACAGAUGAACCCUCUGGCCAUUGAUCAUUUUAUAAAAAAGAAAUAAAGAGAUUGGCAGCAAAGGAACUCUCUUACCAUUUAGGAGCUUGGUCGGACCUGCCUUUAACAUUUUGGCGAGAGGUUUAUUACAGUCAUACAACUGUAUAUCUGUAUUCUCAUACAAUUUUCUCGUAAAGCACUAUCGCGAACCGCAGCUGAGCUAUGAGGCUGGGUGGGUUAUAGCCCCACCAAUAAUUUUUUGUGGAAUCAGUGCUUUUUUGCUUUUACAAAAGUACUUCUAAUCUUUAUGUUUAAAGCAAGGGCAAUUGUACGCUUUUGUGCAGAAAACAAACAAAAUGGAAAUAAAAAUUCGACAAAAUUUUUGUCAGGAUAAAGAUUGAAAUAAACGUAUUUCCUGUGAUUUUAGAAGUUCUAAAUUUCAAAGCUUUCUGGGAAGCUUGCCCCCGAACCCCGUUUGUUAUUUUCGCGCGCUAGUCCGACCAAUCCAAAAUACGCUCCUCCAGGUCCCUGACGAUGCUUUUUAUAAAACCGUUACUAGAUCUAUAGAGGAGAUCAUUAUAUCUUGCUACGAUAAGUGUUUCAUUUCUUGCCUGAUUAAUAGCUUUGUAAUAUCAUUUCUAGGGGAAAGACGAGUACAUGGGCCGUUGCGUGGAAUCUCCAGUCGUGAAGCUUAAAGGGCAAGGCCCACCUGCUCCGAAGUUGAUGUGGGAACCAAUCAAGAAAGGAGUUGAUGAUGGUGGUGAAGUCCUGGUUGCGUUUGAGCUCUUCCUGGUGAGGAAAAUAUGAAUAGUAUUUAUCACGAGAUAUCGUCAUCAUCAUCAUCAUCGGUCGACCGAAGAGCAGUCGACUGUAAGUCGUCUCCAAAUGGCCCCAAAUGCGCACAAUAUCAUCUUCCUAGAAAUGCGUAUUAGGAUGGAUCCAUUCCUGGACUUAACUGGAAAAGGACUUAUGCGGUCUCCCGAGGGGUCUUCUCCUUUUUUUUGGCGGGGGGCACUCAUAAAACACAAAGAUGUUAGCGGGUUCAUCCUUCUGCAUUAGAAAAAUGUGGCCAAGGAACUGGAGCUGUCGUGAGAUGACCGUCGAUAGCAGAGGGCUAGUGCCAGUGAGAUCUUAGAUUUAGUCAUUUGAGAUUUUGUCAGGACGUUUGAUGUGGUUUGAUAUGGUCAUAUCCUCGGCAUUACAGUCGUUUAUUUUUAUUUUUGUCUUUUAGGACGAAGGGAAUGACUUGCCGUACUUUCCACCUACCAAAGAAAACAGACCGAGUUUAUACAUUGUACCAAGUGGCAUAAGGCCCGCAAUGCAGCGUACAGCCAUUGAGGUGCUUUGUAGAACUCUAAUAAACUAAAGAGCAUUCGAUUUAUCGUAUUCUAGGAUAAAAUGCACUGAAAUAUUAUGGAGAUUUAGAAUCACGUUUAAGGCAAACGGAAAGCUUCAGAUUCAAGUUGGCAGUUUCUCAUUUGCAUUUGCUUUUGGAAUUGCCGUGCUGGGCAACCGGCGAUAGAAGAAGCAUGCUACCUGAAAGAAAUGAUCCCUGAAACAUUCACAUAUUUCACCCCUGCGAACUCAGCAACCAAACCCCAGUUUGAAUUUGAGGCUGGGUUUGACUUUAAGUUCAAAUCCGUCCGUUAUUCAAAUCAUUUCUUAUGGAAAACGUACUUUAAAUAUAGGAGGUAUAACAUAAAUAUAGAGAAUAUGAUUUACACAGGAGAAAAUAGGAAGAAAGGCUAGCAGAUAAAAGCAUGGAGACACCAAAGCCCUACAUCGGUCAACAAUUGUAUCUUGUACUGUUAUGCUGAUAAUUGCAUGAUUUGUUUUUCCAUUGUGGAUAGCUUUUUGUUAAUUUGAGAUGGUUUUCGCAACAUUCGUUUACUGACAUGUUCUUUUCCUGUCUAGGUUCUUUGCUGGGGCGUUAGAAACAUGAAGAAGUUUCAGUUGGCAAAUGUUUCAUCACCGAGUAUUGAGUUUGAAUGCGGAGGCCAUACCAUCCACUCCUCCAUUAUCAAGAACACACAGAAAAAUCCAAAUUUUGAUCAACCAAUUUUCUUCUUUGACACGGUAAGGGGCUGUUUCCAAUAGGAAGGCUCAAAUAUCAGCCGAAAAUGCAUGAAAUUACCAUAACUAUAACGUUUUUUUCAUUUAAUCUGUUUCUCCUUUUCUCAUUGAUUUGAUUCCCCUGAGCAAAUUCUUCAUAGCCGGCUAGCGCGCGCUGAUCAAAAUUUGAAAGUGUUUUUCUCGAAAAUUUCUCCACGCGCGCGUGGAGCUCCGCUAUAAAUUUGUUGAAGUCAAACGUUUUGUUAUCGACUGAAAAGCGACGCGCAGUAAUCUUUAUGUGAAGAAACCAUAGCAGAUGUAUUGUUUUUAAAGCCCCGUUUGUAUGGAGAUAAGUUGAAGGGUCACUCGCCUUAUUUGCUGAAUCAACUUUAGCGAGCGUUUUUAUGAAAAAGAGCUGACCCUGUUCAUCAAAUAGCUAAGAGCACUCCCAGAUGCUCUGAUUUUUUACAAACAGCACUCGCGCAUGCACUAAUUGUAUCGCCUUGACCAAGUUGACCCAGCUGGACGAACCGAAGCGUUUAUAUGGAGAAAAUGGUCCCGCUAAGAAGGUGACCCUACCAUGACAAAAGGGUCACCCGCCUAGCCAGGCCAACUUUUUGUUUGUAAUGUAAACGGUUCGCCACGUUUUGUAAGGAAAUAAGGUAAGAAAAGUUGGCUCGCCCAGGGUAGCCUCGGGUAGGAGAGUGACCUAGAAGUCCUUUGCUUCUCAUUUCCGGUUCCGUUAGUUGGCCCCAGCUCUCUCUUGCUUUUGCCGCAGAAAACAUAAAUUUACCGCUCGCUCUUCGCGCUCGGGGAAAAAUUUGAGCACGACUUGUAGGCAAGUCUAGGGGGUGACCCUUCUACUCGGGACAACUUUCUCUGCAUAUAAACAGGAUCUAAGAAUAUUUGCCGUCUCUUUCUAGUAUCUCCCAAAGGAAGAGCUUUAUACACCACCGAUGAACAUCAAAGUUAGAGACAACCGCUCAUUUGGACGCCACCCCGUUGUUGGUGUUCACUGUAUCAAGUCAUUGAGGCCCUUCAGAUGUUUGCCACUGGAUGAUGUUGAUGCUGGUGAAGACACAGGUUUGCACAAAGACACUGUGAUGCUUGGGUCCAUUUAAUAAAACUUUUACAAGUGGCUAUUGUUUUCAUUAUUGAAACAGUCGUUUUACCUGUAAAUUGCAAUUAAAGCUUUCAUUGGUUCGUCACGGGAGGAAGAACAAAAAACGGCCGCGAGAGAGACUAGUGAGAGGCGUGCGAGGGCAAAAUAAAUAGCUAACUGUAAAUAAAACAAUAAGAGAGCCCAAGGCUCCUGAUUAAUAAAUAAUAUUUAUUGACACUUCAAUGUCUUCAGUAAGUUACUUCUAACGCCUUGUAAAACACAGUAGUAGUAGUAGUAGUAGUAGUAGUAGUAGUAGUAGUAGUAGUAGUAGUAGUAGCAGUAGCAGUAGCAGCAGCAGCAGCAGUAGCAGUAGCAGCAGCAGCAGCAGUAGCAGUAGCAGUAGCAGUAGCAGUAGUAGUAGUAGUAGCAGUAGCAGUAGCAGUAGCAGUAGCAGUAGCAGUGGCAGUGGCAGUGGUAGUGGUAGUGGUAGUGGUAGUGGUAGUGAUAGUGGUAGUGGUAGUGGUAGUGGUAGUGGUAGUGGUAGUGGUAGUGGUAGUGGUAGUGGUAGUGGUAGUGGUAGUGGUAGUGGUAGUGGUAGUGGUAGUAGUAGUAGUAGUAGUAGUAGUAGUGGUGGUAGUAGUAGUGGUAGUGGUAGUGGUAGUGGUAGUGGUAGUGGUAGUGGUAGUGGUAGUGGUAGUAGUAGUGGUAGUGGUAGUGGUGAAUUCUGAAGUCCGAGUAUUAUCCGGACCCUGACAUAAGAGAGAAACCCGGCCUCCAAAAUCACUUUUCUCGGCCUUGCGGGUUUCAGUUUAGUCGUAAAAUAAGGUGAGGGCCCGGUGGCCUGGGUCCUUCCGCCAAUGCAAAACUAAUUUUGAUGAAAAUGAUAUUUUUAAGGUGGCGCAGACUUUGAAGAGGAUUCUGAAUCGUUUUUGAUCGACAUUGCUGAUGAGAAAGAAUCAACGGUAAGAAACUCGUCUCCCUCCGGCUCCUCACAAAAGCUAUGGUUAUCACAUACGGCACUGGAUUAGAUUUGUAGUUAGUACAAGUUUGAUGGCAACUUGUCUUUGUUAACUGGGUAAUUAAUUUUUCUGAGAAAAGUUUUCCCUUGCAUACCCGAUGCCAGGCUAUUUACUUCCCGUGUGAUAAUUGCAAUGUUAACCGCUUUUGCCUGACUCAGUUGGUAGUGUCGUGUUUCCCAACGCAUUUUAUUUACCUGCACACCACUUACAUAAUUAGCCAGUCGCUCCUGAUAGUCUUGCCGUGACAAGUCAAUGAAAAGAGACUACUUGCCGUUUACCUGGAGCCCAGAUCUCAUUAUUUCUGUAAAGCCCGUUGGCCAUGGGAGAUCUGACUAGGAGGUUAAGUGAGGAGCGUUCGAGUGAUAGUCAGAAUACUCAAAAAUCGUUCGACCGCGAAUUUCUGGACCAUUGGAAUGUUAGAUUAACCUUAAUAAGCACUGCAAUUCCCACUAGAUUUUUAGAUUUACCACUCAGUUAAUACAAAGACAAUUGAUUCUGAGAAUUGAUUCCAUGUAUUCCUUUUCCCGAAUACGGCCAAUCGAACGCGCCCAGUUUUUAUAGUUGCUCAGCUGCAGGAACGCAGUCAAAAAAUUUUUCUUUUCACUGAUUUUUAGAGGUAAAUAAUGUUUUUAUUUAUAUUAUCGUAAGCAUCGAGCAAGUUUUGUUUUAUAGGAGUUGAUGGAGGCGGACAUUGAUUGGUGGUCCAAAUACUACGCUUCCAUGGAAGAUUACGACAAGUGUGGCGACUACAUAGAAAAAGCCUACGAUAAAUUAAUGGUAGGUCCAUCCGCUAUUGACAUUUCGUAAUUUCUAGUCCUCGCCAGAAGUAGGUAGAAGUCCGAAAGGUCUUCGAGCGUAACGUGGUUUAUAAUUUGGUGGGAAUUCGCUUCGCGCUUGACUCCCUCCAGGAUCGCUUAGCGAAGUGUGAUCUUGCUUUGGCCAUCUAUAUUUGGCUCUUUCUUUCUAUAUGCCCCUUAUUCUCAGAUCAGAGACAUGUUUUUCUCCAAACUAGAAACUAAAAUACCUGACUUCAAAUCACUUUCACACGAUACUAAUAUCUCUUCUUAUGAAUUCUUCUGAUUAUUUAAUUAACUGCCAAUUAGUUUCAUUUAUCUCGCAAUGCUUUGAAUUAAGAACCAAAAUAAUAUCAAUGAAUGAAUGAAUGAGAACUGUAACGUUUUGUAAUGUUUUGCACGUACUAAUUAGUUGAAUUAGUACUUAAAUUUAGACUUAUAGCUUUUGCAAUUAAUACUGUAAUUCCUUUAUGGUCAUGCAAAUAAAGCUUUUGGUGUGUGUGUGUGUGUGUGUGGGCGUCCGCAGUUGACUAGCAACAAUUCAAGGCAGAGUGUAAAAAAAAAACCGUCACAAACUUCAGAACUUGGCCCGGUUGUUUUAACGGCCGUUUCGAAAGGUGAAGAAAUGCUUUGAGCUACACAGAAGUACCUUUAAGACAAAAUGCAAUCCACUCGAACCAUUAUCUUCAAAUUAAUAGCGAAAAUCGAGAUAAGAAAACAUAUGUUUUGCGUUCUACUUCGCAGCUUUUUUCAUCCACGGAAAAGGUUUCUUUCCCAUUCUUUCUACUUUUGGCUUUAAUAUCCCCUGCCCACGAGGUUCUGCAAUUCACUUAUAUCUAGUCGCAAACUAUAACUUGAGUAUGGAAUUGCCUUGCUCCAGCACUGAACAUAUUUAACGAAAUAUGGCGAAAGGUAUUUUUUGUAAUUUGCAUUAUUUUUGCUUUAUCGUUUUCAUUUACUACCUCAUCUAUGAAAAGUUGUAUUUUUUAUCCCACUCGACGUAUAAUUUUGAAGUUUUCAAUAAAUACUCCAAUUAUCUAGUGCGUUUGCUUUUAUUUUGUCUUGAAUUUAGCGUUGGACUCACUCAUACGGGAACAGCGUGGGUGUGUUUGCUUUUUUUAAAAAAGUGCCCAGUUAACCUGUCCUAAGGUAGAUUUCCACUGUUGCGUAAUUUUUCCAUGCGUACCCACGUAAAUUUUACGCGCAUAAAUGAAAUAGAGGCGAUGUAUGGUUCAACUUUUACCUUUACGCGUGGCCUUUCUAACACUGCCUCUAUUUUACUUACGCGUGUGAAAUUUCCAUGCGUUCGCAUGGAAAAAUUACGCGAUAGUGGAAUUCAACCGCUAGUCGGGAUGCAAUGAUGGGAAUUUUGAGAGCUAAUGAGAAAAUGCUUUUUUUUUAGAUAUACGAAAAAGAGCUGGAGAAAGUUGACAUCUAUGAAGGAUUUCAAGAUUUGGUUAAGACAUUUGAACUACACCGCGGCAAGGUAAAGCCAAAGGAAGAUGCAACGGUUGUCGGCGAAUUCAAGGUAACUAAUUUGAUUGCGUUUUGGCCUAUUUGCCAUAGAGAACAAGUAACGUUUUGUUAAUGAUCUUUAAACAAUGCUCCCCAUAAGGAAAAUUAAGGUAGUCUUUGAACUUUACGUAGAUCUUAGGAGUAGUAUAGAUGUUUAUAGAUGUCGCCCCCAUAUAAGGGAAUCCAAGACAGUCUUGGAGUCUGAAUUCCACGCUGUGGAUUCCGGAUUCUAGAUACUGGAUUCCAGAUUUUUAACAGUGGAAUUUGGAUUCCGGAUUCCAAUUGUUUGUGGGAUCCCGGAUUCCUUGAGCUGUAUUUUGGAUUUCGAAGCCGAGGAUUUAGAUACCACAGGCGAACAUUUCCCAGAUUUCGAUCUGUAUGCGCGAUCUCUAUGCGCGUUUACAAUGACAAGCCCAAGGGCACUAUGCCUGGUACUCGAGAAAUGAAACAAUGAGUAGUGUAAAAUUUAUAAAAUUUUUAAAUUUAAAAAUUAGCUGACGAGCAGUAGUUUUUAUCAAAUUUGUAAUUUUACUGUUUAAUAAUUCACAAUAAUUCAGUUGAUAUGUUUUUGUUUCACAGACGUUUUGUACACAUGAUUGCAUUUUCGUAUUUACAUGCGUUACAUUUUUGUAGGGCUCUUUUCACGUUUAUCCUUUGCCGAGUGAUCCCAAUCUACCUCUUCCGCCUCGUAUCUUAAAAAAUUUACCACCCAGUGAACCUGUGGAGUGUCUAGUCCGCGUGUACAUCAUCCGGGUACGUUCAUUUACAGUUGUACAGUUAAUGGCGCCGAAACCAAUUGUGGAAUUGCACACAUUUUAGGCAUCCUACUGAUGAACAGUUACGACACGUAGAUAUAUUUUUUAACAACUACGUACUAUAAUUUGCAGUCUGUCCACUUCGAAUACUGUGUGUACUUGAGGUGUGCAUUAUUUAUGAUAAUGCACCAUUGCACUGAUAACGCCGUGCAGAAAUAAGUGAGAAUAGCCUUACACGGUUCUUUCAACUGUUGAUAAGAAGCAAUAAGCGAAUAUCCUUCUACACUGCCGGAAAGAGGGCGUUAAAAUGAUGUUACUUACCAAGUUUAAAGACGAUACGUUUAAAGAGAACAAAGAUAAUGCUCCAUAAAGUCGCGAGAUUUUACAGACGUUUGUAUGGUGGGGUGUCUGAACUUGCCCCUCACCAUACAACCGUACUGUAAUUUUUUUCGACUUUUCGGGGCAAUAUUUUCCUUUGCUUUCAAACAAUUAAAAAUUUGCAAAUUUCAGAUUUUAAGGCGUUUGACAGAGUUUCACUGAGGGUUGAUUUCCACUAUGAACGCACGUAAAAUGUACGUGCGUAAGUGAAAUAAAGACAAUAAAUGAAAGGCCACCCGUAAACAAAACUUAAAAGUUGAGCGAGGUUUAACUUUUAUGUCAGCAGACGUUUGUCCCGAUGUUAACAUUAGGGACCCGUACGAUCUGGCACUAUGACUCCAGUGAAAAAGUCAGUGAAAAGUGACUUCGCGAACAUGAAAAUUAAACUCUUCACUUUGAAAAGGCAAACAACAAACAGCAAACGUGUUAAAUAGCGCAAAAAUUAAUCAAGUGGUUUAUAUCCUUACCGUUUGCCGUAAACAAGUGCGGUGGUGCUCAAUAUUUCUAUUUAUGCAACUAGAACUGAUGAUUUUUCUCUGCGUUUAAUAGGCCAUUGAUCUUCAGCCCAUGGACCCUAAUGGACUCGUAAGUACUACUAGAUCUUUCUUUUAGCUCUUCCGAGAAAUUUGUACAAACGUUUUCUUGCCUCUAGCAGCCACCGAUUUUUUAAAGAGAAGCUAGGUAGUUCUUUUACUCUGAGUUUGCACUGGUACAUGUACUGUCAUUUUUAUUAUUAUUUUUUAACAACAACAACGACAACAAGAAGCAGAGAUUAGUAAAUGCCGAACUACCGAGAUUGGAACCGGUUGUGUCUUAUAAAAAAAGGUAUUUUCUUCUUUUAAAUGACUAUGAAAAUGUUUUUAAUCCGACAGGCCGAUCCAUAUUUAGUGGUUACCCUCGGAAAGACGAAAAUAAAAGAAUCAGACAAGUACAUUCCUAACACGUUGAAUCCAAUUUUUGGGAAGUAAGUAUUGAGCUGUUUUGUACCUGUUUUUAUUUGUUUGUACUAACGCAACGUAUUAGCUUCGGCGGACGCCAUAUUGCUAGCAAAAUGUCACGACUCGCUAGAGCCACGUUUUCUCGCCAAAGGAGGAGAAGGUAAAAUGCAUGUAUUCUCAGGAAAUACUAGCUGAAAUAUUCUUACAUCCACGGUUUCACAGACGAGAUGAUUGAGUUUGCUGCGUCCCUCUCAGAAUCCCAGGAAAUGACUAUCACUGGUUAUAUAAGAUUAUUCAUUCUCACAUCCAUGUUUCCAUUAUGUACUGAUAAUCAUACUAAGUGGUUUUUAAUCCAUGACAUAUUUUUCAGAAUGUUCGAACUGACUGCGUUUAUACCGAUAUGUAAGGACUUGAACAUCACUGUCAUGGACUAUGAUUUUAUUGGUAAAGACGACAAGAUUGGGGAAACUGUUGUUGAUUUGGAGAACAGAUUUCUGUCUAAGUUUGGUGCCACGUGUGGCCUGCCCCAGUCCUACUGCACGUACGUAGUUUUGUCUUUUAACGAAAACUAAAAGGAAAACAGAUUCUAAACUCAUGCUCUGUACUUUCAUAGACCAUAACUCUCGAACACAAGAAAUAACUCAGUUAAUGCAAAGUUAAAGAGCUAUUGACUUUUAAAGAUAUCAGAAAAAAGUCAAGCAAGCCGUUUAACAAGAGCGUUUGCCAAAAAUUUAUAAGAAUCUAUUUUAUAUUGUUAAGCUUUUGGUUGCGUUUAAGGAUCAGCCAUGCAUUGUGUAUUUUUCAUAGUUACUGAUCAGAAUUUUUUCGUGUAACGAGCAGCCUCCUUCUUGUCCGACAUAAUAUUUUAGAUCAGGAAUUAACAAGUGGCGCGAUUCCAGAACACCGAGACAGAUUCUGGAGAAUUACUGCGAUACAAACAACCUUCCCAAACCAAAAUAUUUUGGUAACAACAAAGUUAUCAUCCACGGAGAUGAAUUCUGCUUGGAAGAUUAUGGUAAGUUGUUAUACGCCUUCUCACAUAGCUAAGGGGUUUUUCAGUUGUGAUCAUGUCAAACAUGGAAUACAAUACACAUCGUCACUUUCUAACUGAAAUUAACCAUAUAAAAAAAUAAUUUUUAAAAAAAUUGAUCUGACCGUCUGCACUUAAGCUCAGAUGGACUAUUUUCGAAGUAAAAAAGUAGAGUGAAUUAAAGGGCAAACUCCUCCCCGGCUGUUGGUUAGUUAAAGGAAGGAAGACUUGUAAGAUAAGCAACCUAGCCUUUGAGUGGAGGGAUUAAGGCUGGUGGUGACUUUGUUUUGACAGAAAACUCAAUACGAUUCAUAUGUAUAACUCAGUUGCAUUUGAAAAGCAGUGAGAUUUCUGUAUAAAAGUCAACGACGUUUAAACACCUGGUAAAAGCCGUUUAAAAUAAUGGCAGCCGCUGUCCCUUUACAGUCCCGGGAGGUUUUGCGAUUACACGUAUUUGUAGUAAUAAUUGAUGCAACGACACCGCUAUAUGUCAUGUAGUUGAAGCUGAAUUUCAGGUCUAGUUGUGGGUUCUAGACAAUUUUUGUGCAAAUUGUCUCUCUUUUUUGUUGCGCGACACAAACUUUAAGCAAAAAGACCUGGUUGACAGAGCCUCGGCCGGUAAGUGUAAUAAUAAACAGUGCUAUGUGAAAGGGUUGAUAGUCGCAGCCCUUGAGAAAAUUAGAAGUUUGUGUUUCAUCGGCUUAAAAACCCUCCGACGCACCCCUCUAUUUAAAACCUGACUAAAAUUACAACAGCGUAACAUCCAUUUCUUUGCAGGAUGAUAUUGUUAAUUCAAGUGUACAGACUCCCUGAAAUAACUGACGUAACUAAAAGAAGUCAACGGGCUGAAAAAUGAAAUAUAAAUUUGAUAUUGAUGUCGCAAGCAAACAAAAUAUGGUUUAAAAUAGACAAGAUUUUAGUGAAAAUAAGGAAAUAUUGAGAGAUAAUUAUUUGGAAGUUUCACUCAUCGUCCAUAUCCUCCCCUGAGUUCGGGGUCAUGCUAAAAAGACCUGAAAACGGUCAACCAAUAGAUUUCCUCUGAAUAAAUUACUGAGUUUCCAAGCCAAAGUAUUGUCAGUUACGAAAGAAAACUAACAUUACAUUUCAGUGAAUGAUUGCGAUGAAACAUGUAUUAAACUUAAAGAAAGUGAAGCAGAUAAAUCCCUCACUUUCAUAACUGACGAGACGAACUGCGCACGAUAUUUCAAAGUGUGUGUUUCCAUUCACAGUAAAAGAUAACUCCUUUUUAUCAAAUUCUUAGAAAACGGAAUGACUAUAAAUCCACACAUGGGUCCUCCUGAUCAGCGACUUGCCUUGCACGUGCUCAACUGCCUGCCACUUGUUCCUGAACACGUGGAAACACGGCCACUCUUUAACACACUACAGCCUGGAGUAGAGCAGGUUUGUUCAAAAACCACUAGUGCAGUGAUCUUGGGUAACCAUAACAUUGGUCUCAUUCUCAGUACCGGAAAUAAAACAAGAAUAUUCUUAACAAUAGAUAUCUCACAAUUCUUAGCGUUGUAUAUACAACAAACGUUGUUCCUACUAACAACAUCUCACAGGAUGGUCAGACCCUGUCUCUCAGCCCCGAUGAAUGCACCGCUGUCCACAGGUGUGGACAGCAACAAUUUUCAACUCUCUCUAACUCAUUCCAUAUUCAUUUUCAUGUGUAUUGUAGGUAGCGAGGAUAAUUGUUCUAGCUCAAUUAGCAUCAGGUUCAUCGGUACGGUGAAGUACGGCGUUCACAGUCGAACAUUUAUCCACUGACAAACUAUUACCUUUCCCCAAAUCGGAUAAUUUUCUCCUUGUUUAAAAUCCAGUAUAUCUCUACUCCUCCUCAAGGUUGUGCGGUUUGAUCGUAUCCCUUCAUGUAUUUUUUUUCUAUUUUUACUCGCAGGGAAAGCUACAGAUGUGGGUUGACAUUUUCCCAAAGUCAAUCGGACCUCCAGGAAUGCCAUUCAACAUCUCGCCUCGAGAGCCAGGAGAGUAAGUCAUUAUACCAAAAAAUGACACGAAAAUUUCCACCGAGCCUUUUUUACCAGGUGAACGAAAACGAGAAGUGAGGACACGUGGAACGAGACUGUGAACGGGAAAUGCAUGAAAAAUUCGGAACGGCCUUAGCCCUGUCCGUAACUUCAUUACCCAUUUUCUGUUUUGCUCCCAUUUCUUUUUUGUUGUUGUUGUUUUUCCUGUUCCCUUUUAUCCUUCCCGUUGGUGAUAUCCCUGGAUCACUUUAUUUUUCUAGGUUUAGUUCGAUGAAGAACUUUCGAUCCCGGUCUGUUAAUUAAGAUUAAUCAUUUUGAUUUGUUUACAUUUAGGUACGAGUUACGAGUUAUCAUCUGGAAUACCAGUGACGUCAUUUUAGAUGAGGUUUCGGUCAUGGGUGAGGCGAUGAGCGACAUUUACGUCAAAGGGUAAGUAAAUAAAAGAAUUUGACGGUUUGUAAAUGCUUUAAUUUCGUCAGAUAAAAUGAUAAGUUUCUGAUAGUUCUUUAGAACUUUCCGUACUAGGUGGACGUGGCGAUGAUAUUUAUUCCUUUCCUAGACCCUUAUCCUUGACUAAGAAAGACAUGUGGAGAAUAGCGAUGAAUUUAAUAUACACUUUAUGAAAAUGAAAAAAACGCCUUUUAUUUCCGAUCCAUCAAAAUGUGCUGUUCUAUACCGCUCUAUAAAUAUAAAAUAGACUGUGUUGGUUUUCAGGUGGGUGUCAGGAAUCGAUAAACAAGAGAAGACUGAUGUUCACUAUAGGUAGGUUGUGAUUCUCACGCCUAAACAAAUAUACUAUAUUCUUGGUUUGCAACCACGUGACAAGGCGGCCACGUUGGGGGUCAAUACAAUAGAAUCAGUUUUCUCGAAGAAUUUACAUGAAAACAGAGUUUAGUUUCCUGAGGAGAGAAAUGCCUUUGUUCUUGAUCUCGAACAUGGCCGCCGUGACGUCACGUGCAAACCAACAAUACCGAAUCGUCCUAAGAUUCAGACGAUAAACGGACAAUAAUUAAGGAGUUUUACCUUUUUUUACAGUUUGGGUUGAACUUACAAUAAUGAAAUUCAUUAAAGGCCCUGGUUGUUCUUUCGAUUUUUAUGAAUGCUUACCAUAAUUCAGUUGAUCUCUUUCAGUCCUCGUUUUCGCACGCCUCUUAACAUACAGUUGACAUUUAACACCUUUAUUGCAAUUCCUAUUACGUCCAGUCUUUUUAUUAAGCAUCCCCGGGGGCUUGUUAAAACUGGAGUGAUAGUUAAUUGGACUUGUUUCAUUUCAGGUCUCUGGAUGGCACAGGCAAUUUUAACUGGCGAUUCGUGUUCCCCUUUUUGUACAUUCCGGCUGAAAAAAUUAUGGUGGUCAGAAAAAAGGUAUGAAUCUUAUUAAAUAAUUUUAUACAUGUCAAUUUGACACGUUUUAAGAGAACUAUGUGUUAAGUCUUUUUAAGCCAGUUUGUCCGUAAAAUAUUGAAAAAGGUAUUUGAGUCCGGAUAUUCGGCAUCUCAUUCAGCCAAAAUUUCCCCACUUGGCAGCCCAUGGUAUAAUUAAUUGCAUUCAAGGUAAACUCAAAUGCUUAAAUUCAUUACUUAAAGUCAGCAAUUUUAACACUACUUGUAAUUUAUAUGAUUUAAUCAACACUGAUUUUCGUAAAUGGCUUUAAAAUAUACAAUAUUAUUCGUGAGAGUCCCGAUAGGGUUCUACCUCACUUGCCCACACCGAUUUUCCACAUGAUAGAGAAGCAAGAAGUUAUUGAGAGAAGCAAAAGUCAUGAAAGAACAUGUGGCGAGGAGACUUUAACUCUCUCUAAGACGAAAAUCCACGGGACUGGCACAAAGUAUUUGCCUUAAAGAAUAGAGAGUCAAAUAUAGGGGUAAAGAAUGGCAGGGACCCAUUCUUGGUGUCCGUCCUUUUAUGGUGACCGGUAAGAGAGAAUAGCGUGGGCACUUUGCACCUUGAAAGAUAAACUGAUCCUCGAUCUCGCUAAAACCUGAACUAGACAGGAUCAUGUACAUGAUUUGAAACUAAUGAGCCUUUUUUCCUUUUCUUUCCCAAUUUUUGUAUCUUUUCAUUAGGCACAUUUUUGGAGCAUGGAUAUGACAGAGCAGAGAAUUCCACCCAAAAUGAUUGUUCAAAUUUGGGACAACGACCUUUUCUCACCAGAUGACUUUCUCGGUAAUUCUUGAUGUGAUAAUUAAUUCUUUUCAUAAAAGCGUUUAACUUAUUGCUUUGUACUACAAGGCAAUAGGUUGUAUUGAAUGUGAGGGUAAUAUGGUUACUCGAUCAAGGAAUCAACUCGUUGCCCUCUAGUAGUAGUUACGGUAACUGGACCAGAUGCCUUUUGUCACUUGAUAUCGGUGCAUCAAAGGACGAAAUGGCUCUUUCGGCAGCGAAAACGUCCGGCUUGUGUCAUUUAUACUGAAGGAAUGAAUGAAUGAAUGAAUAAAUGUCGAAAUGUGAAAGUUGGACUGUACCUGCAUGCCACAAAGGACCUUUUUUCGAAAAAAUAAAAAAAUAAAAAAACUUAAAGUGUUUCAUGCAAAACUUUUCUUUCAAGUAGCGUUUUGGGAUAAUAUAUUUGCGAAAAUUACUGUUGGGAAAAAACUUUAAUAGGCUGGAUACAAGGGUGUGGAUAUUUCUUUUACAUGUUGAGAGACAUUUCUAGGUCAUAUUUAGGUUUUCCGCACCUUCUAUACGCUGACUAUUUCCACUUACCCUUACUCGUUUGUUCUGUUGUUACUUGUUGUUGUUGCCAGGUCAGCUAGAAUUAAAUUUAUGCAAACUGCCCAAACCUGCCAAGAACGCUCGAAAGUGCGAGCUAGAUCAAAUUGAACAUUCCAAACACAACAUAGACACAGUGUCCCUCUUUGAUCUGAAGCGAAUCAAUGGCUGGUGGCCUGCAACGGGAACGAAGGACGGCGAACAGAUACUGGCGGUAAGUGACAUCGUAGUAAGACGGCGCAUGCUCACGCAGGGUUUUAUAUACAAUCAGGUUGUCCCAAGUCGAAACAAACAACUAACGGCAGUCCUCUGUUUAGCUCUUUGGCCACGCUUUGGAAUAGCCAUUCUUGUUUUUCUUCUGCCAGUUGGGAUUUCAGCCUUGCUAUAAGUUAUUUGUUCUGAUAUUUUCCCUGUCUCACCACAGACGAUAUUUAUUUAAAGUGGAACCUUGAUUUUUCUAACCAACUUGCCAAAAGCAAAUUUCUUGGAACUAUAGGGUGGUUAAAAAAAUCGGAGGUAGAAUUACAGUGUUUGACUAGUGAAGGGCUGAAGUUAGGUUUGGUUCGAAUUACUGGCGAAAAGUUUUUAAAAGAAACCGAGGGUUAGAGAAAUCAGCCUCCUAGCGGGUAUAGGGAGAUUGAAAAAAUCGGGGGUAUAACUUUAUUGUCUCACCCACUACAUGAGAAAUUUCUGCAAUUUGAUUGGCUUAGAGCAGUGGUAUUUCAGCUUAAUGGAAAUACCUACAUGUAAAAAUUACAAACCUUUUGCGGGUAGUAGUACAAACAAAUAAUAACAUGAUUUGUAGUGAUAUCUGGCAUAAAUACCACUCGUGAUAUUUGAAAAUUGUCUCAAAAUUACGUAUAACAAUUUCGAAAUAUCACUCGUGGUAUUUAUGCCAAAUAUCGCUACAUAUCAUGCUAUUACCUAUACUAACUGGUGGAAGAAAACUAAGGAAUUUUGAAAAAAUCGACGGUUCGUGGGAUUCUUCUGUAUAUCUCUCGUGUGUAAAAAAAAAAAAAAUAAAAAAAAUAAAAACCCAAACUGAAACAAAUGGCUUUUCUAAGGCAGGAAUAUGGUAAGUACAAGGAUUGUUAAAUGACAUGCAAUUGAUAGUAGAUCAAACGAAUUCCUUGUUCUAGAGACCGCUGGGAAAUUAGGCAUUACUUAACAAAAAAUAUGGGAAUUGUUUCUUUUUCACUUUUAAUACGGGCCUGUUUUCUGCUGAGUUUGGUAAAUUUGACUAUUUUGCAUGGAAAAAGGCUAAUAAUUUGGAACAAACUGGUAACUUUCUUCAAACGUUUCUUGUCAGUCUAAAAAAUCUAAUCAAUCCUUUCACCUUGCUUUGUUUGAGUUUAUUACGUACUAUUAGAGAUUUGUAUAUUCAUCAGACAAAAAAAUUUCUCAAAGAUAAUUUCUUUGCAAUAUUUGCAUCUUGGUUUUACAACAGGGAAAGUUGGAAAUGACGUUAGACCUUUUAACAAAACAAGAAUCUGAAGAGAGGCCGGCUGGAAAAGCACGAGAUGAACCCAACCAGCAUCCUACACUUGAUCCUCCUAAGUAAGUAGUCUGCUACACAGCCGUUUUUAGUCUCGUCACGCAACGCUCCUCCCCAGUGGGGAAGAGCGUUGCGUGAGAAAGAGAAUAAAUUGGAGGUAUUUGUUAACUAACAAGAACGAGAAGUCCGAAGACUACAGCAAAGCUGAUUUAAAACAACGUGUAUUGUUUUUUAUAACAAUAUUUCGGCUGGCCAUACCAGCCUUCUUCAGGUUUACAGAUGUUACUGAACUUAUGUAGCAAUCACAAUAUUAUAUAGAUGGAGAAUGUCGCAAUAAAAGGGAGAGGCGGAAAUGACGUACAACAUAAAAACUGGAAAGGAAAAAUACUAAGGAUAUGGAUUACAAUAAUUCGUCACGGCGGUUUAGGCCAUGAGGUUCAAGAGUCAUGGCCUUAUCUAUCAAAUGCGACUCCCUGGCCUUACGAACUGAGUCACGUGAAGAAUGAAUUUUCUCUAGUGAGAUUAACUGCAUGUCAGUAUGAGAAUGGUUAGAGUGAGAGAGAAAGUGUUCAGAAACAGUAGUGGGUUUAGAUUUAAUGUUAGUUUUGUCGACUGCACGUCUGUGUUCGUUAAAUCUGUCCUUGAGACGUCGCUUAGUUUCACCUGUAUAUUGUAAAUUACAACGGUUACAUUGAACCAUGUAGAUAACAUUUUUAGUGUUACAAGUAAUGUGUGAAGUGAUGAGCGUGUUUCACCUGUAGCGUAAAAGGUAUAACUUGUUAGGCCGUUAGUAAUGUAUGGACAAGUGGCACAAUUCUGUCCACAGCGGAAGGAGCCCGGCGGAAAAUGAUUGGUGGAGAUAACGGGUAGUUGUGCUUUAACUAAAAGGUCACGAAGAUUAGAGCUACGUCUGUAAGCAACAAAAGGCGAUUGCUUAAAGACGUCUUUGCAACGGUUAGAGGAGUGUAAGAUGUUAAAAUGUUUGCGCAGGAUAUUAGAAGUGCGUGGAAGUGCUGGGUUAUAUGUGACAACAAAUGGUACAACAUCGUUAAAAGCUUUGGGUUUAGUCUGUAACGCGUUAGUACGAGAAAUAUUAGCAGCGCAUAGGAACUGUUUUUCUAGGAAAUUAUUAUUAUAACCACGAGCAAGGAGACAUGUUUUUAGUUCAUUAAUGCGAUGUUUAAACUUGGCGUCUGUAGAGCAGAUGAGGCGGAGGCGGAGGGCUAAGCUGAACGGAAUGGCUUUCUUAGUGUGGUGAGGAUGGCAUGAUGAGCUGAGAAGGUGCUGAUGUUUAUCCGUGGGUUUAGUAAAUAGAUCAGUUUCAAUUAUACCGUUAUGUAGAGACACCAUGUUCAAUUACAACAAACAUCCUUAACUUGAUCCUCCUAAAAAAAGAGUGUCAGUCUCAUAAAUCUUUCAUCUUGUACUUCCACCAGAAUUGAGCCAAACCAGCACCCUUCUGACUUUAUCCUUAAGUAAUUAUUAAUCUUCUCAUAAAUCAUGUUUUCUUUCUCUUUUAGCCGACCAGCUACCUCUUUCGCGUGGUUUUCUUCCCCGUUUAAAAGCCUGAGAUACAUACUGUGGCGACGUUACAAGUGGCUGAUAAUAAAGUUAUUGAUACUCGUAAUAUUAAUCGCCUUGGUGGUCCUCUUUUUCUAUUCGAUGCCGGUAAAUAAAUAAAAUAAAAUAAAUAAAUAAAUCCUUUUUUUACCCUCGUCAGUCGCAGAGUCUGGAGGACUGGAGCAAGCUGUGAAACGAAUAAUUAAAAAAAACUGGCCGGAGCCAAACCUUUAGUUAUUUACUAGUGUGGUCGAGGAUUUGAACUUGAGAUUACCGUGAACAAUUGCAACUAGCUAAUCUUGUACCCAGAUCUCUUGUUGACGAAUCCGGAAGCGAGAUCUGGUCAAAUCCGAUUUGUAAACGUGAUUGCCUGUCAGGAAUGUGACAGGCGAUGAAAGAGCGCAUGCUCGAGAUAAAUCCUCAAAUUUAGAGGAGUUAAACAACGAAUUUGAUAAAGUCGUAAAGUUUUCUCUCACAAAACGUGGUUUAUACACAUAUCUUAAGGAGGGAUUACAGUUGAAUUUUGGGGGAUUUGGGGUUGAAGUGAGAAUGAAAGAAAGAGGGAUAGAAGAGAGUAUACACGUAAACCAGUUAGUCCGCUAACUGGCUUAGGGCCAGCUUGUCGUGGUGGCGGACUGUCUUAUCUUUGUCUAUUAAUUAUUCACUUCACAUUUUAAUUUUUAACUAACUGAUGAUUACAACUAACUGAUGAACCCGUUGUUUCCGAGUUAAUAUCUUUCAUGAGUGUUAAUAAAUCUUGUUUUAUUCGUUUCAGGGCUAUACAGUAAAGAAAAUUUUUAAUGUGUGAGGACAUGACGGUCGUCGUCUGUUUGAUGCAACUGAAAGACACUAAAUCAAUUUUCGGGUGGUUUUCAAGAGAGUUAAUACAGCACAAGUACAUACAAAGACUUGUUAUUGUCCACGCAACUUAUAUUUUGAUUGUCACUCCUAAAAAUAUAUAAGGUAAAAGAAGGCAGGCUGUUUUUUUCAAACGAGAGGGACCACUUUAUUAUUUGGGUUCAGAUACUUUGAAAUGCAUUGAUCAGUAAUGGUUUAGACAUAAGCUUUCUAAUGAAUAUUGGGUGGAUAAACUAGACAAAUAAGAGACCGAGGAAAGUGUCUCCUGAAUAGAAGUUGGGGUGGGAUUUGUUAAUAAUUAACCAGCAAAGACUAGAUUUUUAUAUAUAUUUUGCAUUGCCUCGGUAUUGUUGUGAACAAUCCUGUUUAACAUUUCUCUGCUAUGCUGCGUGUUGAAUUCCCACAGGUGCAGCUUUAGUGAGAUAGUUCCUUUUGUGAAAGCUGUCAUCCUUGUGAUUAGCACACACAUAAAUUUAUCAACCAUCUCUGAUUUCCACCUGGAAUUCAGCUUUUCUUGUGUGCCUAGCUUUGUUAAAUAAAUUUGAUGUUGUUGUUGUAUCUCAGUGGUCAGUCACAUUUUGAGUGCUAAGGUAUCCCUUGAACGGGGAUUCAACCUGGUUGAUAUUUUCAUCA